AUGGGCUCGGGUGGGCGGGGCCUGGCGGACACCCGGAGGGGCGUGGCGGCGUGCCCUCUGCGUGCGUGACGCCGCCGCUUCCGCCUGGGAGACGUGGCUCAGGGCCGCCAUCUUGUGUGGCAGGCAGAAGGAGCGGAGAGGCGCUCGGGCCCGGAGGGGAGAGGAGGAAACGGAGACGCCGCCGCCGCCGCUGCUGCCAUCUUCGCCGUCACCUUCGCCAUGGUGAGUGUCCGGCCGGGGCCUCCCGCUGCCCUCCGCGGUCAGCGGCUGCCACUGGUGGAGGAGGGGGGUGUCGGCGGGGCCUGCUCGAUCCCGUUGGCCUCCAUGGGGCUCCUCCUUCUCCGACCACCCUUGUGAGCAGCGGGCCGUCGGCCGUGGGUGCUCCUCGGUCGCCCGUUGCCGGCUGCCUGGCCGCCUCCCAAGACACCGCGGGCGAAGCGCUGCUCCCCGGGGCGAGGGGGGCGUCUUUCCGAGGCCGAAGGUGGAGGAGGGCCUGUGGAAGCCCCUCCGGAGCCUGUCUGCUUUUCAAGGGCCUCCGCCUGCGCCACCCAAACACCUCCCUCCGUGAGCCCGUGGCUGCCGGUGGAAGGUAACGUGUCACAAGAGACAGCCUUGAGGCUGUCGCGAUGAUACUACUUCCAAGCUGGGACUGAGAAAGGCGCCCUGCAACUGGUAGGCACAGAAAUCUUGCAACUGCACUUUUCACUUGCUCCCCCCAAAAACCACCAGGUUUUCCUCUGGUAGGGAAACUGGACUGGGGGAGGGAGGAGGGUAAAAACAGCCACCAGUGAGUUUGCUGGUGUCAAAGUGUUUCACGAUUUGCAAAAGCCUGUGUCAAAUGCCAGGAGUUGUGGAGUAUUUGUGGAAGCCGUCAGCUGGGCCAAGGAUGAAGCAGCAGGGUUCUUUUUUGUGCAAAUCAUGUUGCAAAACUAGUUCAGAGCAAAAAGCUGGGGCAAGCUGAAAUUUGGCUUCUGUCAGCUCUACAGUGAAUUUUGGAUUGGAUAAUAAAGAAAAUCUCUCCAUUUAAGUCAAGCAUAUGAAUUAUUGUAUUGCCUUCUAAAUUUGCAUAUAUAUUUUUAAUUGCGAAUUAUUUGGGCAUGAAUCACAAAUCAUGGCAAUUUCAGGUUUUUUAACUUUAUGCCAUGGUUCUCACAGGCCAGCUGAUUUGGAUCUCCUUAAUACAAACCUCUGACUUUUGAGAUGUUACAGUUCAGCACAAUGGUGGUGGUUCACACAACAGCUUUCUGAGGUUGGUUAGGCUGAGUGAAAUUGGCCUGAUCAAAGCUACGUCGUGGCAGUGAAUUAAACGUGGCUCUUCAGCACCAAAGUUCAGGCAGAGGCCUCCUUGAGUUGUAGGAAGAAGAUGACAGGCUUUGUGUGAACCUUUGCCCCUUGCUUAUAAGGCAGGAAAGGAAGGAUAAUGCUAAUGAAGGCUAUUAAGCUCAGUUCCUAUGUAUUACUUCCACCUCUGCUUACCAGUUGUCAGUAGGGCUGGGCGAUACCUAGUUUUCAACAUCAUGGUAUAUCACCAGCUAAACAUCACGAUAUACCAAUAUAUUAUGUCUGAAAUAAGGAUGGAACUACUAUGUAGCAGCAUUUGCUGGCUUCACAGUUUUUCCUGCAUCGUGAUUUUUGCCAGUGAGAGCUUAGCUGGCAGAGUUAACGGGGACUGCAGGAACCGAGAGUAGCUUUGGCUGACUUCAUGGUUUUCCCCACAUUGUGAUUUUUGCAAAGUGUAAACACACACACACACCAUGAUUCACGAUAUAUUGCCAGGUCAAAAAUUAUGAAAACAACAUCACUAUGUGGACUUCAAACCAGUGUUGGAUGAUAUAUUGAUAUACCACCCAGCCCUAAUCACAAGGCCCUGUUCCAGGCUUCACAUAUGUAUUUGGCUGACCACUGAUUCAACUGAAAGGCCCUUAUUUCUUCUAUGUAGUUAUGAGGCUGACAAAAGCUCUUGUCUCCGCAGGUGCUCUUGGCAGCUGCCGUCUGUACGAAAGCCGGAAAGGCGAUCGUCUCACGCCAGUUUGUAGAGAUGACACGGACCCGCAUUGAGGGGCUGCUGGCAGCCUUCCCCAAGCUCAUGAACACAGGGAAGCAGCACACAUUCGUAGAGACAGAGAGUGUCCGCUACGUCUACCAGCCCAUGGAGAAACUCUACAUGGUCCUGAUCACCACAAAAAACAGCAACAUCCUGGAGGACCUUGAAACUCUCCGGCUUUUCUCUAGAGUGGUGAGGAUCUUGCUUCAAGCUGCCUGGCUUGCAAAAUACCCAGGGGGAGGGAGGGUUUGCACAUGAAGCAGCUGUCCUAUGGAGCUUGCUUUUUCCUUGGGUUGUGUUGCUGUGCUUACUUAUUUGAUACUGGAAUUGGAAAGUGAAGAGCUGAUCCACCUGAUCACAUUAGGAUAAGUGUGGGGAGCUAGCUGGGAGAAUUUUUGCCCUUGAAACAGGCUCCUGGACCAAUAAGGUUCAGCUAAAGGCUUUGGGGACUUUGCAGGUCUGUGAAGGUGUGUGGAGUGGGUUUUGGCCACGGUUGCCUUGCCUCAUUAGAAUACCAUUUUCCCUGACUCCCUCCAGAUCCCAGAAUACUGUCGAGCCCUGGAGGAGAAUGAGAUCUCUGAGCACUGCUUUGAUCUGAUAUUUGCCUUUGAUGAGAUUGUUGCCCUUGGCUACCGGGAAAACGUCAACCUGGCCCAGAUCCGCACUUUUACUGAGAUGGACUCUCAUGAGGAGAAAGUCUUCAGAGCUGUCCGUGAGGUAGGCCAAAAGCUUUCUGUGGCCUCCUACGCUCCAGGCCCAGGACUCUGGGGCAUUUGGUCCAGGCCAUCAAUUCCUUUCUUGUCCUCUUCUUCUCAUUUGUAUAUGUAGACUCAGGAGCGGGAGGCCAAGGCAGAGAUGCGUCGGAAAGCCAAGGAACUGCAGCAAGCUCGAAGGGAUGCUGAGCGCCGGGGCACCAAAGCACCAGGGUUUGGUGGUUUUGGAAGCUCUGCCAUGUCAGGAGGCAGCACAGCUGCCAUGAUUACCGAAACCAUCAUUGAGACGGAGCGACCAAAAGUGACUCCAACACCUACCAGGUAUAAAGGUUGGGCAAGAAGCAGGUGAGGGCUUGUGGACCUCUUGUUGCCAUGAGUGGCCACCUUCAGAAGUGGGAGAGUUCUGGGUCUUUUUGAGACUAUUGAUGGUGCUCCAAUCUGGAUCCUCUGGGUUUCUUUGACUGUUCUUGUGGGGGGCUGCUUCGGUGUCUCCCAAGUAGCUGAAUGACAUGUUUGCUCUCUGGUGGCCAUACUGUACAUACGAUCCGUGUGUGUUUCCUUCCUGAGAGGGCAACUUUAGAGCAUGAGGAUAAGGGGAAGGCUGUAGCAGCACUGCCACUAUGAAUCUCAGACACUCUCUGGGUUCUUUCUAUGGAGAAAGGAUGUCUUAAAAACGUCUGCACUGCUUUUUGUUUCUUAGGCCAUCUGGUUCAAACAAGGCACUCAAGCUUGGCGCAAAAGGGAAAGAAGUGGACAAUUUUGUGGACAAGCUAAAUUCUGAAGGAGAAAACAUUGUCACUUUGGUUGGCAAGCGAUCCUCAGAAGCAGCCACUGUUCUAGCUCCACCCAUCAACAUGGAGAGGUAGGUUUUUGUGUUCUGCAGUGGGAGAAGACAGUGAAACUGUGGCUGGGAUUCAGAGUGGUUUCCUAGACCACCUGGUAUCAUCAACCUUAACCUUCCUUUUGGGGCGUGGCUUUCUUGGGAGUUGACAGAAUUUUGGGCAGGUGCCCAGAGUGUGUCCCAAUGAGGAGUGAGAGAUAUCUCUUUGAGGUAUAAGUCCUGCACAUAACACGGUGUGGGGGAGGGGAGGUUGAUCCAGUCACUACCCUGAGCCACAGGGAUUGGAGGGAAUGAUGUUGGGGUUGGAGAGGGGAACAGGUUAAAGGAUGGGAAAUGCAAGCAGCUCAUCUAGUCUAGCAAAGCCUGGGGAGAUUCACUCUUGGAAGGAGGGCCAUUCCAGUGGGAGCGAAACCUCCACAUCCUGUUUGGGCCCGCCUACUUUUGCCAAAGGAAAGGCAGUGCAGAGCAAUGCAUGGGGGUGAUUCAGGCUUUCUCUUCUCCAGUGUGCACAUGAAAAUAGAGGAGAAGAUCUCACUCACCUGCGGCCGGGAUGGAGGGCUGCAGAACAUGGAGCUCCACGGCAUGAUCAUGCUGCGGAUCCUGGAUGAAAAGUUUUCCCGGAUUCGCAUCCACGUUGAGAACGAGGACAAGAAAGGGGUGCAGCUCCAGGUAUGGCUGGCCCUGCUGCUCCUACUGCCACCCAUGCAGGUGGAAAGGUGCUGUCCGUGAUACAAGUUGCGGGGAUUAAUUGAGCUCCAUGGGUAGGGUGGAGGGCAUACUUAUUUAGAGUUCUGCUGCACUUGAUUCUGAUGUUAGCAGUACUCCAAGGUCUGUCUUUGAGGGAAGAAUUUGAUGGCGGGUAUAAAGCCAGUAGGAGCUAAAGAGCAUUAGGUUUGGAAUAGGGCUGAAGAUUUAAGUCAAAAACAUGUGUGAUGGGUUAAACAGGGCAGGGGUAGAACAAGACACUGAGAGUGCAAGAGCAAAUUUCUGAAAACAUAGAAACCAACAAUUAAAAAAUCUUGAGUAAUGUUAGUAUUAGAGACUGGCUAGGAAGGUGGCUUAACUUUUGGAUGACAAGGGAGUCAAAUGUGUGCUGAAGAGAAGGGAGUUACCAAAGAAGCUGAAUUAAUUCUAUGUACCAGUCUUCACAGUGGAAGAUAUUGGGCAAAUCUCUGUGCCUGAACUAACUUUCACAGGAUGGGAGUCUGAGGAACUGAGGUAAACAAUGGUGACAAUACAGAAAAAUUUUGUAUAUUCUUAUGGGAGGCUUUGGCUACGAAUGAUUCACCAUUCUUGCUUAAGGAGCUUCCCAGCCUGUCUAUGCUGUGCAUGGGCAAUGCUUUCUAGAUUUGAAUGGCAGGCUAGUGUGCUAAUCUAGUGAAAGUCUUCCAGAAUUUAGAGCAUGGCACGGUUAAUUUUUGGAUCUACAGAUGAAUCUUACCAGUUUUUUCUUUUCAGACUCACCCCAAUGUUGACAAGAAGCUUUUUACGACAGAGUCCUUGAUUGGCCUGAAGAACCCAGAGAAGUCUUUCCCCAUAAAUAGUGAUGUGGGAGUCCUGAAGUGGCGGCUGCAGACCACAGAGGAGUCAUUCAUUCCACUGACAAGUAAGUGUGAGCACAUCUGGUUGGGCGUUGAGGAGGGGCUGAUGGACAUAACACUCCCAUUAGCCUAGAACCAGGCACAGCUCCCUUGGUUCAGUAGACAUUCCUCCUGUCCCUGUUCAGGAGAGCCCAUUGCUGCUGGCAGAAGGUCAUGUGAUGAGCAGGGGUGCUUUUUGUGUCUUAGUUAACUGCUGGCCAUCAGAGAGUGGGAGUGGCUGUGAUGUCAACAUUGAGUAUGAGCUGCAAGAGGAGAACCUGGAGUUAAAUGACGUGGUGAUCGCCAUCCCUUUGCCGUGAGUACCCAUUGCACCUCCUGAUCCCCAAUUCACCCACCAGCUGCAAGGUCAGCCUUGAUGCAAGGGAGUUGAGUGGUCACUCGUUGCUGCUUCUGUAGGUCCAGCGUGGGUGCUCCUGUGAUUGGGGAGAUUGAUGGCGAGUAUCGCCACGACAGCCGGAGAAACAUCCUUGAGUGGUGCCUGCCUGUGAUCGAUGCCAAAAACAAGAGCGGCAGCCUGGAGUUCAGCAUCAACGGGCAGCCAAAUGACUUCUUUCCUGUGCACGUCUCAUUCGUCUCCAAGAAGAACUACUGCAACAUCCAGGUGAGUCUGGGAAGUGCCUCGAGUGGAGGCUGUGUUCGCUGCCCGCUUCUAUUUUGGAAAAUACCCUGGCUUUCCAUAUGGCCCACAAUUAUGCUCUCCAUCUGGCAAGUGCGAUGAGCAAUUGGCUUUCCUUUCCAACGUUGAAAAUGCAGAGGUGGGAAAAGGAUCCUCCUGGCAGUGGUAUAGCUCCCAAGGGGGCAGGGGGCUGCCUGGCAAUUGUGUGCUAAGGCACCCAGAACAGCUGGCAAGCCACACCCUUCCCCCUGUACCUGCACAUACACACAAACACCGUCUAGGGCAGGAACGUGGGUGGGGAUGCAUAAGCUUUUUAACUGGAAGUGAAUACAGGUCUUCUGCAUGCAGUGGGGGGGGGGGGCUUCCCUUGAGGUGUGUCCUAUUUGGCACCAUGACUUUGUGUGUAAAGGACACGUUGGUGUAGAUUGUCCUUGUUCCUUUAUAGGCUAAUAAUGUUUCCUCAAAGUGUCUCCUUCACUUUGGGAGGUGGGGAGAGCCUUUAACUCUUUCCUUUUGAAGUGUGCAAGGGAGAGGCACAGGUCAGCAUACCUUGAGAGUUGUUUUGGUCUCAUAGCAUGUGCAGUGGUACCUUGGUUCUCAAACUUAAUCCAUUUCUGAAGUCCGUUCCAAAACCAAAGCAUUCCAAAACCAAGGCACGCUUUCCCAUAGAAAGUAAUGCAAAAUGGAUUAAUCCAUUCCAGACUUUUAAAAACAACCCCUAAAGCAGCAAUUUAACAUGAAUUUUACUAUCAAAUGAGACCAUUGAUCUAUAAAAUGAAAGCAAUAAACAGUGUACUGCAAUCACACAAUCAAUCAAACUGUAGCUGAACUGGGUUCCACACAGUCACACAAAAAAGAGCCACAAAAACGUAGCAAAAACAGACAGACCUCAGCGUAACAACAAGGAAGUGUGGCACUCAAUUCAGAAGCGUAAUGCUCAAAACGGAGCACGUUCGCCUUUUGAAAAAAGUUUGCAAACCAGUACACUUAUUUCCAGGUUUGCAGUGUUUGGGUUCCAAGUUGUUUGAGUACCAAGGUGUUCGAGAACCAAGGUACCACUGUACUACAAGAGCAAUUUGAUCCAAGACCAGUAGCUAUUUCAUCUUGACUGACCAUAUGGCUUCCUCUCUGCAGGUUACCAAAGUGACCCAGGUAGAUGGGAACAGUCCUGUGAGAUUCUCCACAGAGACCACCUUCCUCGUGGACAAGUAUGAGAUCCUGUAACUGUUGCUGCAGGGAAGCAGCAAGCAAGACUUUGAGGCUGUGGUCUCUUGGGAGAGGGAUGCAACCCUUUCUGUGUCAGGGGACACUGACAUGUUUGCUCGCCCACCAACAUUUCCAAGGUCACAGCCAGUCAGGCAGGGAGAGGCUGCUUGCUUCUCUGGUUCAGCCAGCCUCCCUACUCCUUAGGCACACUCCUCCUCCUCCUCCUCCUCUUCCUGUGCUUUAAUUCACAGUAACUUUCCCCUUCCCUGUCCCCAAGGCAUCUCUUUUCGUUACCGAUUCCUUACUCUGAUGGGAGGUGAAUGGCUCUUAAUCCAGCAUUGGUCAAGGGAGACCAGCCUGGACAUCCAGCAACCUCUAACCUGGCAGGAAGCAGAGGUCAGCCCCUGGCACCCCUUUCCCUGCACCAGGUGCUGGGUGAGGGAACCUUUGGCCCCACUGCUCCUGACUGUCCACUUCCUGGACUGUUCUCUGAAGACACUUCACUCUCUUGAAGCUGCUGCCUGUCCAAAGGAGGAAGAAGAAGCAACUGUCUCUGACCCUCCCUGCUUGGGAAUCCCUUGAACUGCCCAUUGAUUGGGGCAUGUGGAGGCGGUGGCAGGCACUGACUUCCCAAGUGGCUAUGGGCAUGUGCCAGUUUGUGCCCACCUGUUAAGAGAAGUCACCAGCUUCUCCCACGCUGCCUCAUUGCUGAUGUGACCCUUUCCAAAAUGCCCCCGGGGGUGGGUGGUCUAGGCCUGUACUGUAGGAGUAGCUACGAAUCUUACUGAUCCAGCUGUGUCCAAGAGUUGUCUUGUCUGAUUUUUAAAAUGGAGUCAAGUUUAGUUCCACCAAAGGAGGCUUUUUUCUUUCUUUCUUAAAUUACAUUGAGGAGGGUGGGGGAAGAGUGAUAUUUAAAUAAGAUUUUGUAACCCUGUAACAUAAAGAGCUAGGGCCUAUAACACAUUCCAGUGUACACAAAAGAAUCCCUGCCCCUGAAUCCAAUAAAGACUAUUCUAAAAUGAGAUGCGUGAAGCUAUGUAGCUGCCUGGAAUGGGACGGGGGCUGAUCUUAGAGCUAAUAUUGUAAGUGGGGAACUAAACGCAGAGCUGGCAAUGGAAGAGCAUUUGAAGCAGCUGUUUCUGGGUUCCUGUUGACAGCUCAGUUUGGAGAACAAGGAAUCGGCUCAAGGUUUGAGUGGCGAUGCUGGACACAUGUGUAUCUAUAAGAUAUAUGGACUCUCUGCCUACCUCUGCUACAGUUGUGAAGCUUGCUCUGUAUGGCCAUGCACUGACAAACAGCAAGGCUGGGAGCUACCAGCCUCCAAGGCCAAAGUGACUUCCUUGCCCUUCCGCAGAAACACAGAAUGUGGGGUGGAGGGUCCUUGUUGCAAAAUAUCAGUCUCUGGUAAAAUCUAGAAAAGAAAAGAGAAAAGUUUGCAUAUGUAAAUACAAACAAUGGAGUACUGUCUUAAGACUGCAGAGGCAUCUGAGGCUGUGUCUCUGAUUUCCAUCAUGGACCAAACUGCAGAGCCCAGGCACUAUGAUAACAGAUAAUGGGGCUGCUAACCACUGUUAGUCAUACUCUUGAGUAGUCCCAUUAAAAUAAAUGGGUCUUCUCUGAAUACAAUUCUGUUGAAUAGCACGCAGAAAUCAAAAGGUGCUGGGUACUUGUAACAUAUAAUGGAGCUUCAUUUGCACAGAUUCCAGGUUCAGUGAACAGACCAAUCUGGGGCUCUUGUGCACCCCUUUGCUACUGAGAGCAGUCAAACUCCAUGGUAGAGGCAAAACUGGAUAGGGCACCAUGCCACACUAACCAAAUAAUGAAGAAAUAUAAUGAAUAAGGAAGUACCUUUCAGAAGGGUAAGGUGUGCUUGCAACUUGCCUUAUGCCUAUUAAGUGGCUAAUAAUUAUUAAGUGAAAAAUAAUUAUAGAAAGCUGAUGAAGAUUCCGAAAGGAGUUCACAGCUGAUCUGAAAAAGUUCCGAAUGUAUUUUGCUAUCUUUGAAUUCUUCCUCACCCAGUGGAAGGAUAAAUGAGCACUGCCCUGACUGCUACCAAAUUAUAAUAGUAGUAACUGGGAUUUGCCCUCUGAUAAAAUGGCUAGUCUAGUCUCCCUUUUAAAGUUCUAUUUAAAUAGAAAUGGAAUAUUACUCGCUAAUGGUAUGUUAACGGGAGGUUAAGGGGGGCUCUUCAGGAGACAACUGCCCCCAAGAUGCAUCACUGUUUCCUAUAAUAAGAAGCUUGGGAUAUUCAUUUACAGUUCUCUGGAAUAAGGUCCUGGGUGCAAACUUAAUAGCAUCGAGCUGCUUGACUGUAAUUAACUUGCGGAGUCCUUGAGCCUCUUGGUCUGCUUGCAAACCUUUCAAGUCUGUUGGUCACAGGUGAGAGAUGUUGCCCUGAAAGAGCCUGUGUAGAACUGCAAUCUAUCUAGCCAUGGGUUAUGAAACUGCCAUCCACUCUCAACCCAAUUUCUGGUUACAAGGGUGGCACCCAAAUAUAAAUAAUAAGGUAAAGCUUUAUCUUUCUGCAUUCUGAAAUUGUAAACAAUACAUUUUAUGGAUACAGCAGACAGAAAUUCUCAACUGUGUAUGUGUAAAGUGUUUCAGGAAGCUGCACCUGCAGAAUUGUAGAUUACACAUUUUGGGAAGAAUUUGCUUAUCUAGGGGGUUGUGUCCAUCAAUACUCCUAUUCAGAGUAAACCCACUAAAAAUAAUAGAUAUGAAUAACUUAAUUUCAGUGGGUUUAAUUGGAUAUAAUUUAGGGCUCAACCACAUUUUUGUUUGUACCAGUUUCUAGCAUUUUGUAGCAAACAAUAAUAACAGGUUUGAGAGAGAGAUUUUUUUGUCCCGCUGCUCCUCCAGGAAAACCCACUGUUUACCAAAGAAUUGGAACAAAAGGAAAUUAAUAGAAAACCCAAAUACAAUUUUGUCCCUCUUAUAAACCAGUCCAAAAAUAGCUCCUGAACAAGAAUUUGCAUUUAUUGGCUAACAACCCAAAGGCUCUCAAACUAUGGUAGUUUUACUCAUUUAUUGUAAUUUCUCCUCCUUUCACACUUCUGUGUUAUUCUCUCAUUCCAAACUGCCACUUUCUUCUCUUCUUUUACAUUCACUUCAUGUUUAGUAUUCUUUAAAAAUCACGUAUCUACAGUAGUUUCCUUCCCACCCCCCACCCACCCCACCCCCAGUAUGGGGGCCCACUAGUCUCUCCCAGGUGUCUCCUCCACUGUGACUUCCCAUAUGUUGUUGUAAUACAUCAUCCCUAGCCAUUGGUUGGGCUGGUUUGGGCUGGUAGGAAUUGGGAGUCCAACAACAUGGGGAAGGCCAGGGGUUCACCACACCUGGUUUAUCUCCUGCUAGCUGGGUUGCCUGAGCAUCCCUACAGCUUCUUGACAGGUCAGUGCGCCAGCAAAACCACCUGUAUCCACCAAUACAGAAAGCUUCAUAUGAGGCUGUCUCUCCCACUGCAAAGAGGAGCAACACGUCAGGCAACCAGCUUCCAUGCUGGAUCCUGUGCUCUGCUCUGAAAAACCAGCAGCAGUGCUGUUAUUGUUUUCAUUUCCCUUUUUGCUGGGUCUUCACCCCCCCUGUUCUGGUCCUCUCAAGAGGCUGCAGCUGUUGGCCUCCUGGCCUCGGAAAGGCGAAUCCAGGGCGCAUCCGGGCCCUUUAAACUCAACUAUGCUGGAAGAUGAAAGGAUUCAUCACACAGUGGGAUUGCAUCUCCCUCUCAAUAUGCAGGGGCUCCUUUUUUUUAUUCAAAAGGGCUCGAGGGGGCAGGGAAAGGAAGAUGCGCCAGGGACCUCCCUUCCCUGGGUGAUGUAAUGUUCAGCUAUAAUUAGGUUGGUCUCUUGUGUGAGCGAAUUUGUUUCAACUGGGAAAUAUUUGAGGCUGUUUAUUCUGUUUGCUCUUCCUCCGAAUGGGGGAGGGGGUCCACUGGCGGGGGGAAACUGCCCAGAUAUUGGGGUAUCCUGUUCUUGCCCACAGCCCCUUCUGCCACAAUGCUGAAAUAGCGCUGCCCAGCCCCGCAGAGCUGUUGUAAGGUUUGCUGCAACACAUACUGCAGUGGUGGGGGACCGUGUGUGACCUUCCAGGCCUCUCUAUUUUUAUUUAUUUAUUGCAUUUCAUAGAAUGAGAAUUGUAGAGUUGGAAGAGCCAGCAAGGGUCAUCUCGUUCGUCCCCCUGUUGUUGUUUAGUCGUUUAGUCGUGUCCGACUCUUCGUGACCCCAUGGACCAGAGCACGCCAGGCACUCCUGUCUUCCACUGCUUCCCGCAAUUUGGUCAGACUCAUGUUUGUAGCUUCGAGAACACUGUCCAACCAUCUUGUCCUCUGUCGUCCCCUUCUUCUUGUGCCCUCAAUCUUUCCCAACAUCAGGGUCUUUUCCAGGGAGUCUUCUCUUCUCAUGAGGUGGCCAAAGUAUUGGAGCCUCAGCUUCACGAUCUGUCCUUCCAGUGAGCACUCAGGGCUGAUUUCCUUAAGAAUAGAUACAUUUGAUCUUCUUGCAGUCCAUGGAACUCUCAAGAGUCUCCUCCAGCACCAUAAUUCAAAAGCAUCAAUUCUUCAGCGAUCAGCCUUCUUUAUGGUCCAGCUCUCACUUCCAUACAUCACUACUGGGAAAACCAUGGCUUUAACUAUACGGACCUUUGUUGGCAAGGUGAUGUCUCUGCUUUUUAAGACGCUGUCUAGGUUUGCCAUCGCCUUUCUCCCAAGGAGCAGGCGUCUUUUAAUUUCGUGACUGCUGUCACCAUCUGCAGUGAUCAUGGAGCCCAAGAAAGUAAAAUCUCUCACUGUCUCCAUUUCUUCCCCUUCUAUUUCUUCCCAGUUCGUCCCCCUACAAUGUACAAAUAACAGCCAAAUAAUUCCUGACAGAUAGCCACCUAACCUGUCUGAAAACCUCCAACGCCACCUUCUGAGCUAGUCUUUGCCACUGCUGAACAGCUCACAAUCAGAGAGGUCUUCCUAAUAUUUGGUCAGAAUCUCCCUUCUUGUACAGGGGUGCCUCGGAUUACAGACACUUCAGGUUACAGACUCCGCUAACCCAGAAAGAGUACCUCAGGUUAAGAACUUUGCUUCAGGAUGAGAACAGAAAUCAUGUGACGGCAGCAGGAGGCCCCAUUAGCUAAACUGGUACCUCAAGUUAAGAACAGUUUCAGGUUAAGAACAGACCUCCAGAACGGAUUAAGUUCUUAACGCGAGGUACCGCUGUACUUUGAAUCCAUUGGUUUGGGUCCUACCCUCUGGAGCAGCAGAAAACAAAUUUGCUCCAUCUUCCAUCUGAAGAUUUAUAUCCCAGCUUUUUCUCCUAGGAGCCCAAGGUGGCAUGUAUGGUUCUUCCCUUCCUCAUUUAAUCUCCACAACAACCCUGUGAGGUAGGUUAGCCUGAGAGGCAGUAACUGGCCCAAGGACACCGCCAGUGAACUUCUUGGUUAAGUGGGGAUUUGAACCCUGGUCUCCGAGGCUCUAGUCUGAUACUCUGACCACUGUACCACACUGACUCUACCUGACACUCAGGAAGAUAUCCCAGUUGAGGGGGAGGGGGUCUUCUUUUGCCAGCUGUGGCUGUAGCUUUGUCCCUUUCCUGUGGGGGCUGCUGCUGCUGCUGCUGCUGCCUGAUGUGCUCUGGGCCUCUGGAAGUCACUCUUUUGAACAGCUGUGCAGCCCGUUGUGUAACACAGAGCAGGGAGGGGGUUGAUGGACUCCAGAUGUUGCAGGGUCUCUGCCAGCAUAUUUGGACUGUGGGAAAAAGGGGAAAUCUGGCCGGCACACAUGAUCUCCAUCACCCCCUCCUCCUCCAAGCUGAAUGAUUGCCAGCUCCACACAAGGUGGUGGGUGGGCCACAACUUCACCUGCGGUGGAGCUGGGACCCAGAAGGAUGUCUUAGCUGACCCUGCCCGGCCUGUCUGCCCCCAGCCCAUGACUCGUACAGGAAACUGGGCUAGGAAAAUCCCUGGGACUGUCUCUGGCCCAGAUUCUGCCUCUAGACAUUUUCUGGUCCUCAUGCUUCCUUUCCUGCUCCUCUUCUUUUCCCCAUACCUUUCUUUCUGAAUCAGGCAGCUGGGAGAGUCCAGGCAGAGCUGUUGUGUUGCCUUCCAGUGCCCAGACACCAAAAGGAGGGGACUCCCUGUUUCUUCCCUCACCUGUGGAAGGUCAGACAGCAGGUGGUUCAGGAAGGACCACAAGAGCAGGUCCACGUGGACUCAGCUGCCCUGCUGCAUCCUCUUUUCCAGCAAUCUCACCUCCUGCAGGAAAAUACCUCUGGGUACCGGCUGCUUACUAGGGCAAAGGAGUCUUUGUCCUCUACCUCCACUGGGUGUUGCACCCAGGGCAGCAAGACUGAGAGAGGGAGCUGCCUUGCCCGUUAGUUCCAUCUAGCUCAGUACUGUCCACACAGGCAGGCUGCAGCUUUCCAGGAUUUCAGACGCAGGGGCAUUCCCAGCCCUCGCUGGAAGUGCAGACUGAAUCUGUCACCUUAGCAUGUCAAGCAGCUGGUGCCACUAAGCUGCAGUCUCUCUCCAUUGCGACCAGGAGAUCUCCCGUCUCCUCCGUACUCCCGAGAAGGAGGAGGCCACCCUCCCUCGGAGCACGUGCCGCUGCCAAGGGACCAGACGGGGCGUCGAAAUCAGGCGCAGCCAGCCAGCCAGUUGCGCCCCGGCACCUCUCUUGAUCCAGCCCUUUGUUCAGGCUCUCCUGCAGCGGCGGCGGCGGCGGCGGCGGCUCGGGUUGCAGCCAGCGAGCAGCGCCUCUCCGGUUUCCAGCCCUGCCUGCUCCUCCUCCUCCUCGGGCACAAGCCGGGGGGCACUGCCAGUCCCCGGGCGGGCGGCAUCCGGCGUGCCUGGCAGGUCACGCGCCGGGCAGCGGCUCAUCCCAGCCUGGCACAGAGCGCCCCAGGAAGGGCGGCGAACAAAGGCCAGGCCCGGGGAGAAGGGGCGGGGACUCCUCCGGCUCGCCCUCCUCCUCGGGCUGAGGCGGAGGGACGGCCCCUCGCCGAGGAAAGAGGAGUCCGGUCUGGGCGAGUAGGAGACGCGGGUUCCAGCGCUCCGCUCGGAGGCAUCGCGAGCGAGCGGGCUCCGCAGGUGGGGGCGCCCCGUCGGGGCUACCAGCCAGGUAAGCGGGACGGGGCGGCGAAGGAUAAUUCCCUUCUUUGGACGGGACGCACCUGCCGGGGAUGGAACUGGGAUGGGGAGGGGGGCUCUUUCCUGGGCUUGGGGCGGUUCCCUCGCCCCUUCGAACCCCCUCCCAAUCUUCCCUUCUCCCCCCAGCUAUUGUUCGUAUUCGUGUCUAGGUAUAUACGAGUGUUGGGUGGGGGCGAGAUGUCCAUGUAGCCAGCGGUGCCCCCUCCCUUAUAGGCGAUUGGCUCGACUCCUCUCUUGUCUAUCUCCAAGGGAGCUCCUUCCUGGAUGGCACCUGAAGGGGGCACCGGUGGUGGUGGGGAGCUCGCCUGCCCGCCUCCCUGCCUGGACGGACGUGGCGCAUUCCACACAUUUUUGGCAUUUCUGUUCCCUAAUCCGCGCAGCGAGCGAGUCUUCGGGACGGGAGAGAAGGAGAAGGGGGACCUGCGGCGUCUUGGCAGGAGGGGAGACUGGCAGCCGCAUGCAGCCCCCUCCCCGCGCUGCUGGGGAGCAGAAAAGAGGGUUCCUGUAUCCUGUGCCAGAAUCCCGAGCGCCCUAAAGGGACGUUAUGAGUACAGAUCUCCUCCAACAGUUCCGGUGGAGACUUAGGGACAAAAGAUCUGGGUCAUCGAAUAUGGCUUGUGGACAGGAUUAAGCCGUGUGCGUCGCUCUCCCCACCUGAAACAAUGUAAUGCUUUUCUGGCUUUUUAAAAAGUGCACGUUUCCUUUGUUGAGCUGACAAGGGAGUCGGCUGGAGACUUUAACGGUGACAGCCUCUUUCUGUUUGCCUGCGCUGCUGGUUUGUGGGAGGCCCAGGUGGGGAGCAAGGCGAGGGAUAGCACCUGGACUCAUUUAGGACAAGGUGGAGGGUCUUCCAAAGGCACUGGGGUGAAGCCACCCCAAAAGCCAAGGCACCCAGAGUGGGCAGCAGCAGGACUGAUCAGCCAUAACCUCCCCACACCCCUAGCAGAGAAUCCCUGGGAAUGCUCUCCCAGUACAGGAGAAUGGCUUUGCUAUGAUGUUCUGGCUGAACCUGUGGAACUCCUGCCUGUCAUAGUGACAGGAGGCAUUGGUGGAGGAUGAGUGGAGGGAUGCUGUCUCUUACUUGCAGGACUCUUAGAGAGUUCCUCUUUGUAAUGAGAUUUCUAUUAAAGUUUUUCAUAAUAUAAUAAAACGGCGGCUACAAAAAGCACACACAAAAAGAACAAGAAUACGGAGUCCUCUUUUAAAAGUAAUUCUUAGCCCUUACGACACACCAAGGAUAGUAUCCCUAUCCUCAGGGAGUUUCUCUUUGGAGACCUUGGGACAGCAAAUACUUUUAGUGCAUCUUUAAGAUCAGUUCUCUCUCUACAGCAACAGAGCGGGAGGCAUCCGGUCCACCAUUGAGACGGCUGAUCCCUUUGGAGGCAAAGGACAAAUUGUCUGGUUGCCUUGCCUAGUUGUGGCUAACCUCCUUGGGGCCAGUUCUGUUUUGUGCUCAGGGCGGUGCCCAGAAUGUUCUGAGACUUUCUUCACAAAUGAACCAGGGAGCCUGUUGCUCUUGGAUCUGCCCCAUGAAAGGGUUUAAUGAGCGGAGGGCAAUUCCCCCCUUCAUUUAAUCAGGAUUUGCCAGUCCUGGGAAUGAGGAAGGCGUGGUGUGUGCGUGACAUUUUCUGGCAGCCACAGAGAGCCAUCCAGGGUCACCUCUCUCUUGGUACUUGGAUGCUUAUCUGGUGGCAAUUUUGAAUUCACCCAGUUUAUUGGUUUCUCUCCCCAGCUUGAGUUGGGUAGCCAGGAUCUGAAAUAUCCAUCUGCUAAUGUUAAUGUUGGAGAAGCACAUGGCUGUGAGCAUCCCAUGUGGCAGUGGGCAUUGGUGGGCUUCCACGGUUGCUUUUGGGGGCUGCAGCUGCCAGGUUGCUGCCUGACUUAUUUGGGGGCACAGGAGCUGAAAGGAGACCUCUGCCCCUUGGGGAACUGGGGAGAGGGACUCCUGAGCCAGUGUGCCUGGUGGAUAGAUCUAGCUCUUGGUUUGUUUUCCAAGGGGAAGUGGCUGUUGCCCCUGUUAUUGUCCGCUGUUGCCUUGGCAACCUGUGGCCUGGGCUGGGCCUCCCCUCUUCGCCUGUGGAUGGGACAGGAAAGGCUGUUUCCUCCCGGUGACUCAGGAUUGCAAAGGGAACUGGCCUCCAGAGCCUCUUGCCAGCUGUGGGAACGGCAGAGCUUUCGGGUGCCCCUCCAGGAGUCAGGAUGGUUGUCUUGGAAGACUUUUGAGGUGAGUCUUCCUUGCCUGGAGGCCUUUGGGGACCCUCUUUACCUAUAGGCCCAGACCGUGGAGGAUGCACACAUGCUUCUUGGCAUCGCGAGGAAGGCUCUGCUGCUGCGUGGCUCUUUGACAAGCCCUCUUUAGCUUGGGCAAGCCUUGCCAAUGCCAUCUGUGCCCCACCACUGGCUCUCCCUCCUUCUCCUUGUGGCGGACUCUCCUGCAUGAGGACUGGAGGGGUGCGGAUGGGCAGAACAGUUCUCACUCUGGUCCAGCUCGAUGUGUGUGGGGGGUGGGGGUGGAGCUGGUCACCCUGCUCUUGUGUCAUCACAGGCUUUUUGGCAAUCCAGCCGUUGUGGGCGGCCAGGGCUUGGCCCAGCUGCCGCCCCCAACUUUCCCAGGCUCUUUUCUGGAAGGGGGGGGAGGACAGGCCAAAAGCACCCUUGCCUGGGAAGGGAGUGGCCCACAAGGAGGUCUGUCAGCUUCUCCUGGAAGGGGCCACAUCACAGCUGGGGCUCACAGGCAGAUUUGCCCUUUCUCCCUUCCUUCCCCUUCCCUCAGAGGACCUUUUCUCUUCCUCUCUGUUUUCUCUCUCUGUGCUUUGUGUGUGUGGUCCGGCUAGGAGCCCCCGCAACUCACUCUGUCCCCAGGCCCAAGAGGAGGUUCGCAGCCGUCCCAGGCCCACUUUUUCUGGAGCUCCGACCCUUUGGCAUUUGCUGCCUGGCCACUCCCAGCCACACAAGCGCCUCAUUCUCUGACCUCUUCACGGAGAAGAAAGCCGCCUUGUCGCUGCUGGCAAGGUGGGGUGUCCACCCUCCCUCCCUUCUCCAGAACAGAGGCUGCUUGUCAGGGCUUGUGACCUGCUGGAGCAGCUCUGGAGGAGAGAGGGGAAGGCAAGGGAACAGGGAGACCACCCCCCACCCUCACCAAGGCAGUUCCUGAGGAGGUGUCCCCCCCCCUCCCUCAGACUUGAGGAGAAAGAAAGGCAAAAAGCCAAGACUUCUGGCUGCCUUUUCUGCUGAUGAAGAACUCUUGCAUCCCCUUAGGAGGACCUGUGUUCAUUUCAGGGAGGUGGGAAAAGGAGGGAGGGAGGGAGAGUUCAGGGCAGAGGCAGACCUUUGCUUCUGCCCUGCCGCAGAGGGGGCUGUGGGUUGAGGGCUCCUGACCUGUGCCAGUGGUGUGUGAGUGACUGCUUUGCCUCUCUGAGGGGUCCCAGGUGGCUGCUGCAAGGUAGGGCAGUGUUGGAACCCAACCUGUAGGUGGCGUACUGUGGUUGUCAUGGUGCCUUCCCGAGAAGGGGGCUGGGGGUGCAGAGAUGUGAGGUGCAGCUGAGAGAGAGAGGAAAAAAAAAACAGAAAAGGGACAAUGAAGUAGAAUCGCUGGAGCUGUGGGGGCAUUAAACAUGUUGUCAGUGUGAUAUUGUUGCUUUUCAUGUACACUCUUCCAUGUACUUGAGAAAGCAACAUGUCUUUCUAAUAAUCAUGCCUGAGGGGCAGGUAGGUGUGUUUACAAUCUAGAUUUCAGAUGGGGUGAGAGAUCAGGGAACAAGGGGGGGAGGAAUGUAUGCAGACACAGUUGGGUGGUGAAGGUGGGGUUGAUGGGGGGGGCAAGGGAUUACUCUUGGUUAAUCCCAGAUUCAACAUAUGGGUCUGAGAAACCUAGAUUUUAUUUUAAUCACCUGCUUCUGCACUAUUCAAAGUGGCUUUGAUGCAGAAGUCAAAACAAGAUGGUCACUCAAGAUGUGUUGUGGGGGGGAAUUGAUCUCCUAGGUGGAACUUUGGGUCAUCUUCUGGGCUAGGAUUUUUGACCUUCCCUUUUCCUUUAGGGGGACUGUUGCCAUGGAGACCUGUAACCGCAAUGUGGCCAGCCCAGCUGGUCGAGUGCAGGCACGUCUUCAGGUGAGCUGAUGUUGUGAAUGGAAAAAACAACAACUUGGAAUAUUGUGAAUGGAAAUACUUGCAAACAAAGCGGGGUUCUCACCCUCAGGCCAGAGAGUGAGCCUAGGGAGGGCAAUACAGGGCCUUUUCGGUGCUGGCCCCUUAUUUAUGGAGUUGGCCUGGAGUCAACUUUGUUAUCUUUUGGCAACGGUUGAAGACUUUCCCUAGUUCUGUGUUGUAACUGAGUGCUGUGCUAUUGUUGGUUUUAUUAGGAUCUCUCCCCACAAGGGGUACCACCCUGAAGCAGGCACAGGGGCUGCAACCUUUAUGUACAUCAGCCCCAAAUGACCAGGAGAUGCUCCCCCACUGCAGUACCAAUGGCCUCCUCCUCUCCUUGGCUCAUCAGUCUUCUGGGCUUCAACAGAGCAGGGCUGCUCCCUGCUCCUCUUAUUGUCCAAUUAGGAGGAUUGGCCCUAAAUCCCUUAGGGUUAAUUGGCUUGCUCUGUGAUCCUAUUAGAGUGAGCUACAGACCCUGGAUACUGCCUGCAACUGGGGCAGUUCUCUUCCUUCCUCUCCCACCUUCUCCCGAAUCUCAGCCAGCCCCAUGCCUUGGCCAUCCACCCCAUUCCCUUAGACCCACAUCUCGUGGUGGUGGGUGAAGAUGGAGGCUCCAGAGGAGCUGCAGCCAGUUAAAGCUAUUCUCCACCUUGCAGAACAGUCUUCUAGACCUGACCGAGACAGGCAAAGGCCUGAAAGUGCAGACUGAAAAGCCACAUCUGGUGAGCCUGGGCAGCGGGCGUCUCAGCACUGCCAUCACUCUCCUGCCUCUGGAAGAAGGUAAGUACCUGCAGGGCUGGUUGGGAAGCCCCUUCCCAUGCGGAGGACAAUAUCAGGGCAUCAGCCAGGAAAGGUGGCACAGCGGAAUCUCUCCAACCUUGAUGCACUGGCACAUCCAGUUUAGGAAUCUCUUUUGGGCAGCCUUGGCUACUCUCAGGCCCCUGGCUGUCAAGCUCCGUAGGUGAGAGGGGGCACCUGCUUCUCCUGCUGGGAAUUAGCCAGGCAGAAGAGCCGCUUGGGGGGCAGUGGCUGCCCCACAUCCUGCCCUGCUGAGCAUCUGCCUGUGUCUCCUUGCAGGCAAAACCAUGCUGGGCUCAGCCGCCGGAGACAUUGUGCUGCAGGGGGCCGGCGUGGCACCCAAGCACUGCUUCAUCGAGAACACGCACGGGACUCUCACUCUGCACCCCUGUGGCAACCCGUGUGCCAUAGAUGGCUUGGCAGUCACACGCCCCACACGCCUUUCUCAAGGUAAGGAGGCCGAUGGGUUGGUGGUUUUCCUUGUUACUAAUAUAUCCCUCCCUUUCUACGGGUGGGAGCAAACAGCUACUUAACACUGUAGCCCGACAAUAAAAAAAACGACUCUAACAACCUCUGUCAACCACAUAUACAGAGGAGCUUUGUUGGCAAGGAAGCUGAUUACAUUUCCAAAGGCCUGGGAAAGCAACAAAUGUUUUUGCCUUGUCCCAAAAUGAAGCCAGUAGGUGGGACUCCUGAAACUCCCUUGGGAGGGCUGCAGUGGGGUGUGGUUUUGUUCUCCUCCCCCAGGUAGGGGUCAUGGCAGCUGAUGAGCAGAGGCAGCAGCUCCUUGGAGGCAGGAGGUGCCUGGAGUUGUGGGACAGGGACCUGCAGACCCAUAGGAUGUCCUGCAGGUCCAAAGGGUUAUUGGAGGAUCCAGGAUACCAAACAUUUUGUUCAUUUUCUUAAGAUUUAUACACUGCUCGAAUGUAAAAAAAAAAUCAAAACAAUAAUUCUCAAGUGGUUUACAGAAGAUAAAAUAUGUGCCCACAUUCUUUCGAGGAUCAACCUUGGGGGAAGGGAGAAGAAGGGUGGGGGUAGCAUCCUGAUUUCUGGUGGGGGCUGCGGAGCUCAUUUUGCUUUUACCUUAUUAGAGUUUAGCUUGGCCAUGCAACGCCUGCUGCGGCCAGGUAGGUCCUUGGCCUGUGGACAGCCAGGCCUGACUCCAGCAUAGUCAUAGCUGUCAACUUUUCCCUUUUCUUGCGAGGAAUCCUAUUCGGAAUAAGGGAAUUUCCCUUAAAAAAUAGGAAAAGUUGACAGCUAUGCCAUAGGUGGCUGCUGGUCAGGCACUCUUUCAGUUUGCCUGUGUCUGGUACUUGUUUCUGAGGCAAGGCUGAGUCGCUUGGGGCCUACAACUAGGGAGGACAGCAGUGAAUCUGCUGCCGGUGUGGUUUUUCAUAAUCUGCAAAUGAAUUUUGGCUCCGCUCUGCCUGAUGAUUUGCUGAGUUCUGCCUUUGGCCUGGCCUGAGGAAGCUGUGGGGAGGGGCUGCUGUCAGGCGAGGCCCCUCCUUAGCAAGGAUUAGACUGCUGUCAGAUAUCAAAGGUCCUUCCUGACAGCUGCAGCGCUGGCACGUGGGCGGCCCAAACAAUGGCCGAGACUGUCUGUGCAGAAGGACACUUGAGGAAAGUGGGCGGCUGGUGGGCUCCAGGCCAGGCAGUGCCCCAAGGGGGACUUGGGGAACCCCCUUCCUGGGGGGUCUGGAGCAUCCACUGGGACCCCCAAAAAAGUGUGUGCUGCUGUUGCUGAGGAAGACUCACUGAUGGGGCCGCACCAAGAUGCUGGCACUGCAGCAAAUCUCUCUUCUCUGUGGCUUUUUGUCCUUGGCAGGCAGGCAGGCAGGCUCUUGCUGGCACAAACAAAGGGAAAUUCAACAAAAUAGGAACAGUGACAAGUCCAAGCUCGGAGAGGGAAAGAAUGUCUUUAGCCUCCCAAGUUUGGGCCGGCUGCUGGAUAGCGCUUUGCUACACUCUUUCUCUGCACACAUAGAGAAGGGGGGGAAAGAGAGAAGCUGUUGCUCGUCUGCCUGUCCUUGUCCCUGGGGCUGCCAGGGACACAGCAGGGGAGGAGGGGGCUGUUCCUUGGCGGAUGCCAAGCUGGCAUUUGCUGGGAGUCCGUGAAACUGGCAGUUCUGCAACACUCACUUGGUGGCUCCAGGCAGACUGGGAAAGCCUGUGUGGUUCUGCAGCUACCUUGAUAGGUAGAUAACUGACUCUGGAGAGGACCAGAGGCUUUCUCCCAGCUGGGGUCUUCCAGACCAGGCCCUUGCCUUCGCUCAACAAACUGGCCCCCUUGGGAUCCACUCCCAAACAUCACUGGUGGGUGGAAGGUGGUUUGCUGAAUGUGUCCACUCGCCAGUGUUUCCUUCCCUUGACUGUUUUGCAGAUGCUUGAGAUGCUGCUAUUAGAUGUUACUCUUUCUACUGCCAAAGGAAGGGUAGGACUGAGGCUGCAUCCUGGAUUCUUGGGAGAUCUUCUAGAUGUGUGGUCCCGAAUGUCCAGGUGCUGGUCCCACCUGGCAAAGUAGGAUGGAGUGCACCUGGGCAAUUACAACCAGAGUAGAAGGGCAUGACACGUCCCGAUCAAUGGUGCAGAUACUGACCAGUAUGGCAGGAGGGAGGCAGCUGGUUGGGAGGCAAUUUUGCAGUAGGACUGGGCUGUCUGCAAUCUACAACCUACAACAGCUAUGCAGCUUGGGGACAGGGAAUGGGAAGGUGGAUUAGGGAAUGGGAAGGUGGAUUUCAGAAUUCCCUGGUGCUUGAUCUUUAGUGACGCUUUCACCAGUUAUCUGUAGUGAACUUGCACAGAAUUCCUGGCUGGGUGAGUACAGUGCAAGAGCCAGCAGAAAGUCCGACUCAGAUACCAGGUUCAGAGAGAGGCACCAGUUGUGCACUUUUUUCACAGGUGCCACACACUGGGUUGACGUUUUCAUUGCACUGCCUACUGUGACUGCAAGACUGCUUUUCCGGGCAGUCACUAGCAGUUCAGAUCCCAUUAGUGUGUAAGUAAACUGAGGACUUUUUGCCCCAUAGUGCAUCCCUUUAGACUUGCCUACAUGGAAGUGGAUUUGCUAUUUCAACGCCCAGUCAUCCAAUUUGGAAAGAUCCUCAUGGAGCUCCUUGCAAUCCCUUUUUGUUCUUGCCAGCCUAUUUUAUUUUACUAUAUGACUUGCCAUAUGGAAACUUCUUUGAAGUCAUACAUGUUGGAAAGUGGUACUCUGACUGCUCACUCCUAAAUCCGGGUGAUUGAUAAACAAGUUCAAAAACACAGGUCCCAAUACAGAUUUUUGGGGCACCCCAUUUCUUGCUCCCCUCUAUCAGGAAAACUGCAAUUUUAUUCUUUUUCUUUUGCUUCCUGUUUCUUAACCAGUUUCUGAUCCAUAAGAGGAUCUUAUUCCAUAACUGCUAUGCUUACUUGGGAAUAUUUGGUGAGGGACUUUGAUCAAAUGCUUUUUGAAAGUCUAAGGAUGUACUCUCUGCCAAAACACCCUUCUUCAUGAGCUUACUGACAAAGGUUAAUGAGACUUUUGACUUUCCCUUGCAAACUUCCUUUUUAACUCAUCGCCUCAUUCUUCAGAAGUUUCCUCUUUUGAAGUCAAAUGUGACUGUACUUUCUUGGAAACUGCCUACUCACAUCUUUCUCCAAGUCCUCCUUGGUGCUACUUAGGAUUAUGUCCAGGGUCAUCUCCUCUCUGGUUGGUUCCUUGACCAGCUGUUCUAGGGCAAUCAAUCAUUUAGGGUACUGUAUCUAUAGACCUUUUUGUCAUGAGCAGAGCAUACAUGAGCCCAGUCUUACUUAAGUGGAAUUCGUUCAAUUUGCCCAUUAGUACACCACUUCCUCCCUGACUUCAUUCUCCAUCUCCCAGAACACUUGUCAGGAAAUUGACAGCAUGUCUGUCACCAAUACUAGUCACCCACAGCAGUUCCAUGGAGAAGUCUGCCCAUUUAAGUCAAUCUAAUUCAGGCUUUUUAACACUGCCUGGCAGGAAGAGGCUCUCUAGGAAUUCAGAUGGAGUCUCUCCCAGUCCUAUGUGGAAAUGUCACUGGGGAUUGAACCUGGGACAUUCUGCAUGCAAAUCAGGUGUUCAGCUGUGGCCCUUGGAGAUUCAUUUCCCUCUUUAAAAACAGCCCUGUUGGGUUAGAACAGCCAGUUAAGCACCUUCUUCCUCCCAGUGACCAAGUAAAUGUUUGUGGGAAGCCUACAAAGCAGGACAGGAGUGCAACAGCUUUCUUCAGCUAUUGAUGAUGGUGAUCUAACCUGAUGUUGCAAGUUAACGUGGCUGACUAAUUUGAGAUUUAAAGUAUUUAUUUGACACAUCGAGUGACAUGUUCAGGUCACAUAAAAAGUAAAGCAUAGUCGUAUUGGUCCAUAAGAAAAUUAAAAAAUAAUGUUUAGGCCCACCAAAAUACCACAAAACAGUAUGCACUCUUUGUGCCUAGUAAUGCAAUGGCCCCAAUUUGGUUUUUGAACUGAUGUUCAGGAUGCAUUAUAGCAUUGUACAUAGAAUUUCCUGCUCUUGGGGCCUUUGCUAUUUAAUAAUAAUAAUAAAACACCAAACCAACAUACUCUUUGCAUUGGCCUCGGACCACAGUGGAGAGCUUUGGUGCCUCCCCAGGAGGUCUCACCUGCCUGAAAGGGGGCUGCAAAACCACAUGCCUACAUCAGAAAGGUGCUAACACACAGGCUCCCAUUUUGCACCCACAUCUGGGCAUUAAGCACGUGUUGGUUCCAGCCCCUAGAUAUAGCACUGCCAUUCCCUUUCUCCAAUAUUCAGUCCUUUAUUUCCUCCUCCCCCUGUUGUCAUUUUCUCUUUGGGAUUGGGUCAGUGUCUGUGCUUUGGUGUGGACUGAAGAAACCGUUAAGCGAAUUGUUGCGUUCUGCAGAGCAAAGAAUGGGGAUCUGGAACUAGUGACCUCCUUAAGGACUUCCCCUGCCUCCGCCGCCCUAAACACACACAUUUUCUAGGGAGCGCCUCCACACACCACUGGGUGCAGCAGCAGCCAGCCCUUUCAUACAAAGAUCACAGUGUCAGAUUUUCCAAGAGACUCCAUGUUUCCUGCCUGAAUCACUCUCUUUCCCACCCCCCUGCCCGCCCAGACCCUGGAAAAAGAAUCCCAUUAAAAAUAUUUUAAAAAUUAAUAGCCCCGAGGACUCCCCUGGGCAGAGAGAGGAAAAUAGCUGAGCUACUUCUCUCCAUAACUGAGUCAAUCCCAGCCACACACACACACAAAUGCUUUCGCAAGGCGUGGGCCGAAGCCUGUUGUGCCUGGCUGGAGAGAGCGAGCAGACUGCAGACACAGAUGUGCUCUUAUAGAUGCCUCCCCCCUCUCCUCCCCCCCCCAUUGUGCUGCUAAACUGUGAUCUCACAUGUGGGAGGGACGGCGGCGGCAGCAGCAGCAGCAAGCCAGAGCAGCCCAUCACCCUUCAAAGGACCCUGCAGUUGCCCUAUAUUUUCCAUGCUAGCAAAUCCCACCAAGGCUGCCCUAGUUCAAAGCACAUCAUUGCCAUGUCCCUUGAAAGCUCAUCCCAAAUCGCAGCUCAGGAGGCUGAGGUGCACCCUGACCAAAAAUGGGAUCCUGGCAGGGGGCAGAAACUCCCAGGGGCCGAUGCACCCAGAGAUUUGAAGGCAGGGGGCCCCUGGGAGUUUCACUCUGGCCCCUUUUAGCCAUAGCUGGGGUACAACCUGGCCUUUGGAUCGCUCCUGUCCCUUUGUCCAACCUGGGGGUGGGUGGGAGAUGCUUUCUAACCGACAGCAGCCUCCACCAAUGAGGUCCUUACUCCAUUUUGAGGAAAGGCUGGACCCAGUCCAUGCAGCAGGGGGGAGACCUUGUGCCCAGAAUUUCCUCCUGGAGAGACAACUGGUGGCUUGUGCUACUACUAGCCUGCGGACUCUUGCUUUUCAGGGGUGAUUUGGCUUCAGUUUCUGCCGGCUUGUCCAGGCCAUCCAAAGCACUGGGCUUCUCCAGUUCUUCUUUUGAGGUACCUUCUCUUUCUCCCAAGCACUGUUUCUUUUUUAUUUAUGCCACCACCGACAUCAGGCACCAUCUUCAGCAGGUUUCCAGAGAGGCUUAAAAAGGUAAAGGGACCCCUGACCAUUAGGUCCAGUAGUGACCGACUCUGGGGAUGCGGCGCUCAUCUCGCUUUAUUGGCCGAGGGAGCCGGCGUACAGCUUCUGGGUCAUGUGGCCAGUAUGACUAAGCCGCUUCUGGCAAACCAGAGCAGCACACGGAAACGCCGUUUACCUUCCCGCUGGAGCGGUACCUAUUUAUUUACUUGCACAUUUACAUGCUUUCGAACUGCUAGGUUGGCAGGAGCAGGGACUGAGCAAUGGGAGCUCACCCCGUUAUGGGGAUUCGAACCUCGGCAAGUUCUAGGCUCUGUGGUUUAACCCACAGCGCCACCGGCUGAAAAAACUUAAAAAGCACACCUAUGUAAACCAAGCUUUAAAACACUACCAUACAAAAGAGCAGUUUCAUGCAGCCAGCUGAGCUUUAAACGGACCAAACGGUAUAAAAGUCAGGGGAAGUGAAAAGAGGUCUUGCAUUGAGGCAGGCACCAGGGGAGCCUCCAUAGAGGAGCCUGCUGCCCCACUCCUUUUGUGCCCCAGAGUGGUCACCUUGUGAGGGUUUGAUCUUUCCAGUGAAGGGAAGAGGUGGCUGCUUUGCUUUCUGUGUCUGUCAACCUUUUCUCCUGCCCCUCUUUCAGGGCUCAGUGCAUCUCACUCUCAUUUUCACUUCACAAUGGCCCUGCAAGGGAGCUUAAGGUGCACGAUAAGAGCAAGCCUCUCCCAUAGGUAUCUGAUGUCUGCUGCACCCACACUCUCUAGGGGAGCUUGUGAGCUAGCUGUUCAGGCACACUACUAUCUCCCUUCAGGCAACUAAACUGAUUUUUUUGGGAGGGAGAAUUCAUUAAAUCACACUCCUUGAUCAGCUGAAUCUGGAGGAAGUCACAGUGAAAAUACUACAAUUUAAGCAGCCUGGCUCCUGCAUGGUGUCAUUCAGCAGUACAGAUGCGGGUGGGCAAGGUCCACACUGCAGGGGGUGAUUUCUCCCCCUCCCCACAAGAAAAGAGGGCAUUCAAAAUAAUGCUGCGAUGCUCUUGCAUUUGGCAGCCGCCGGCAAAGAAGAGUCCAAAAUUGUGUAGAGCCUAAAUGGGGAGACAAAAAGGGGUUUUUUUGGGGGGGGGGGGUGUCUGGCGCUGUUUUUUCGCCUAGAACCCGCUUCUUUCAAAGGGACGUUGAAACUGUUUAAGGACCCACCAGCACAGAAUUUAUUGGCAGAAUAAAAGCGGGUGAGAGCGGCGCCUUUCCGCAGCUCUGAGCUGGUCAUGGCUCCGGUUUUCUCUCGGGCACCUUUCCCAACAAGCCUGCAAGGCAGGCCAGUAUCAUGGCUGCCACACCCCCCACCCCCAGCCGGAGCUGAGUCGAGCGAAAGGGCUGCUGCUACUAGCGAGACCUCCGAGUGGGGGCGGCCCCCGAGUCCCAGCCUCGUUUCGGCCAAGCCUCGACGGGCAGUCUCUGUCCCUACCGACCUGCGCGAAGUAAAGCCCGGCCAGCCGCCUCGUGGCCAGACGAGGGCGCAGCCCUUCUGCCGUCCAGGCGCUGCUCCCGGGGAAGCGCCGGUGGCGACCCCGGCCCUGCAGAGCAAGGGCCUUCGCCGCAAUCCACCCCCCAACUCCAGGGGUCCCGUCGCUGCGCCCCCUCUUCCUGCCGAGACCUCCCCCAGGUCCGCCUCAGCAGCGCCCCCUCCCCGGUCUCCCCUGCCCGGCUGCGCGACGGAAGCAGGGGAGGAGCCGCCCCCUGAAUAGACCCCGCCAGCUGGGGCCGGGCUUGGCACCGCGAAAGGCGCGGCCAGACCGGGAUCGGGCGCGCCGCACUGAGGAGGCGGCGGCGGCGGCGGCACGACGGGGGCAGGUGAGUGCGCCGGGGGCGGGGGCGCGUCCUCCUCGCCGCGGUGCCUUCCGAGGGAGAAAAGGCGGCGGCCGCCCCGGCCUCGGCGGGCUUGCAACAGGCGCUCCAGCCGCAGGCGCUAUUUUUAGGAGUCCCCAAAGUGGCGCCGGCGGCUGGACCUGGCCGGGCGCAGAUGCCGGUCCCCUCCCCCGGCGUAACGCGCUGUCGCUGCCGGCGCAGAGAAGCUGGGCGGGCCCAGGGAAGCGAGGCAGGCUGGGGCCCGCAAUCCGGUUCCGAGUCGGCUCGGCUCGCCUUGCGCGCCUCCCCUCUGCCCUUUCCCCCGGGGACGGCUUCUGAUCCUGCUCCAGGCCUGGCGGCCCUUGCGCUCUUUGCCGCCUCCGCUGCCCACAGGAGACGUGGCACCCGACGGGGGGGGGGAGGCAUCACAUGGUCUUGGAAGCGACCAGGGGGUUUGCCUGGGCCGCGUGGCCCUCAGGCCUUCCCUGGACGAGUCCAACCGCCUCCCUCUCUUAUGCCCCCCCCCAUGCUUGGGUAGUUAUGCCACCGGCCAGUGGGCGGCGCGCUGGCUAAGAGGAGCAGAUUGCGCUCAGAGUGUGGCUUCUGUUGAGGGGUCUCUGAGAAUUGAGGGAGCAAGGUACAGAAGGUCAGCCAAAAAUGGGCAGGGCAAGGGGCUGCCACGGGGUGAUAAUGAUGCUUGGAGCCCACCUGCACCCUGGAUGGCUGGGAUCGAUUCCCUGGUUUGCAUGUUUGCAUCUGCUGGCUGACUUGCGCCAAACAUCAGAUUUCCUGGUAACUUAGUCGCUUUUUCUGUGCCAUCCUGACUGAAGUCUCUUCAGGGCUAUGUGGUCCUGUGCUGGGGAUCCACUCAACCCUAUAACAUUGGUCAGACUUGAAAGUUAGACGGUGAGCCUGUCAGGACCAGAAGAUGAACAGCAGGUCAUGCAAGGAACUGUUUUCAGCCACAGUUUAUCCUUAAAAAGGAACGUCAGUGGUCUACCGUACACAGUUGUUGUGAGCAAGGUGGAGGCCAUGAUUUAUUGCUGCAUAGUUGAACUGCUAUAGACAUUAUAAUGAGAAGGGUCCAUUUGUGCCUUUCCCAGGCAGCCAUCGGGAUCAGAAGUCCAGAUGGGGAGCAGCUCAGCUGUGGGUGAUUUAUCUCUGAGAUCCCAGCACAAAGGCCCAGCGAUGCUGCCGAGGAGGGAGGGGAGCAGAGAGAUUUACAGAGCAGAUUGUUUGGGGGGGGGGGAUUUGACAUGUGGCAGUUCUGGUGCUCCAAUGCACCAGAGCUUGGUGGGGCACAAAGCCCUGGGGACGUUCCCGACUGCCCCUUUCCUCCCCCUCCUUGGCUGUGUUCCACAUGCUGAGCCUUGUAUAGGGAUGGUAGAGAGGCACAGACUGCCCCCCCUCCUCUGCAGGACAGCCACCUGUUAUUUCGCUGGCUCCUGCUUUUACGUACUUCCGCUUCUUCCCAGGGUUCAGGCAGGACAGAGGACAGAAUGGUUUCCUCUCCUCUCUCCCUCCCUCUCCCCAGAGUGAUCUUUCCUGCCUCCUGACUGGUAUGAAGCGUUUGGGGACUCAGGAAAGGUGGGAUGGGAACUCUGAAUUUGUACAUGUCUGUGUUGCCCGAAUAACUUAAGUCAUUUGGGCGGCCCAGUGGAGGAGAUGCUUUAGCUGACCCCCUGGGGAAGUAGCUUGCCCUCAAGUCCUCUCAUCCUGCCUAAAGGAGGAGUGGGGGGGGCGCUACCAAUGCUUCCCCGGGCCUUUCCUUGAGAGGAGACAUAUUGUGUCGCACGCACAGAGCUGCAAGAUUCAUUGCUGCGUUGUAAGAUAAGCCUGGCAGCUCCCCUCUGGAGCUGUGGGGGUGGCUGGUCAAGUUGUCCUUUUUGAGGCUGUGCAGAAGCACCAGUUUUGUCCCUGGGGGAGAAACAUGCAGGGAUUGAGCAGCAAUUUUCACUUCUCCAGAAUUCUGCCUAGUAACGUGAUCCAUAACAUCGAGUUUAUUCGCCAGCUCCUCCAAAAUGCCCUCUAUUCCAUUACCAACCAGCAAAGCCCUCCUGCACUUGAUAGACAGAAUAAUAAAAAGACACACAAAUCAGACAUUAGCGAUGGCAGCAUUCAGAAACCAGUUGGAGAACAUUUCAACAUACUGACCUUUACGGUGGCCGUCCUUGGAGAAAAAUGCUCUGUUCCUCCAACAUUUUCCUUCUUUACGUGUGUGUGGGUAAUUCUAACUUUUUAGUUUAGAUAAGAGGUGACACGAUAGAAGUAUAUAAACUAAUGCAUGGAGAAGGUGGAGAGAGAAAAGUUUUUAUUCCUCUCUCAAUGCUCAGACUCAUGGCAGGGAUUGUCGACAACCUAAGUGGCUUUAAAAGAGCCUUAGGCAAAUUCAUGGAGGAUAGCCCUAAAUAUGGCUAGUAGCCAUCGUGGCUAUGCUCUGCGUCUCCAGUAGGAGGCAGUGAUGCUUCUGAACACUCUCCCGCUCCCCAUGUGGCAAGGAGCAGAUAUUAGGGUUGUGUGGUUCAGACUCCUGAGAUUAGCUAAACAUGCAAUCCCAUUAAGAAGGAGGUGGGAUGAUUGUGAUGUUUGCACAUUUGAUCUUGGGAGCCAUGUGACUGCACCUGAUUAACAGAAAGCAGCAGCUGCACCCCAGAGGAAGUGCAACCUGCCUGGAAGGUGCUCCUGGCUUGAGCUCACGGCUGUCUUUGCAUCUAGUCUUGCCAGGGGAAGGGUUGGUCAGGGUUAUUAUGGAGCACCCAAAGACUCCGUUUUUAGUAACCUUCAAUUUCCUUGGUUUGUUUUAAAAAUGGCCAGGAACGUGCUUGCCAACACGGCAGUUUCUGAAAUCCAGGAAUGUGUGUGUGUGUUUGUGUAUCUUCUCUGGGGGGUGUGGACCUGCCCUGGCCAGGCUCUGGUGAGUCCGGAGGGAUUUGACGCUGGCAUUUGGGGAGCUCAAGACCGGAAUUAGUUGUGGGUUUUUCUCCUUGUGGCCGGGAAGCCGGCAGCCGCCACUGCAAAAGGAGCAGCUGCUGGUGCCAGUUUUUUUUCCUGUCCCAUUUCCCAAAAGAAGCUGCUUCUACCGCCUGCUUUGCUGCAUGACCAAGGGGUCCAGAAGGGGGCUGUGAAUUUCUGGUGAAAGCCAGGGGGUCUGCAUUGGGGUGGGAUGUCAGCCGAGCCACCCAACCUUUGCAUAAGUAAGAUAAAGAAAUGCCCUUCCUGGCUCUCUCUCUGGACAGGUCCCAAUCCCUCCUUAGAAGCAGGGUGGCCUCUGUGGCAGGUGCUGGGUGGGCAAAGUCGGCGCCUCUGCAAGUACACCAGUGGUGUCAGGAGGAGUGCGCAGGAGGGGGUGUGGCGGGCCUCUUCUUUUCCACACCUUGCUCUCCGCAAAUGCUGCCUCACAUUCCACAGCAGCGCUCCAGGCAGGAGCUGGCUUGUCGGCCAGCCAGGGAGCUGGAAUCCUGCCCCUGCAGGCAUAGAAUCCUGCUGCUCCGCCUCUGCGCACGAACCUCCCCCCCCCCCGCCACACCUUUUGUGUGCACAAGGCAGCUUGUCAUUGCCCUGUCAUUCACAGAGCUGCUCACAGACUUGGACAGCUGGGCUGGAGUGGGAGUUCAAGGCUUGGCCCCCACAGCAUUCACAGUGGAAACUGUUGCUGCUAUUAUUUAACCUCAGCCUGCUUCCCAGCAUCUGAACCCCGUCAGCAGGUUGCAGCUCUUAGGGUGGCCUCAUUUGGCCUCCUUAAGGCCAGGCUGGUCUUGUCCUAUUCCUUUAACUCGGGGUUGGUCACAGUUGUGGACCACCAAAUGUUGCUAGACCAGAGCUGCCAUAAUCCCUGGGCAUUGGCUGUGCUGGUUAAGGGCUGGUGGGAGCUGGGAGUCCUGACAGCAUCUCAAGAGCCACAGAUGCACCCCCAACUCCUGGUUUAACUCUUCCCAGUAGCUAUUUCUGCGUUUCGUGGCCUUUGCUGUUCCUUUUCUGCCCACAGCUUGUUGCCAUGUAACAUCUGGCACCCACUAGAUAAAUUUUGACACGCUUCCAAGAUCAUAUUGUAUGCGUUGCAGCAACUCCAUUAAAAGGGACCCGGCUGGACUCUCCCUUGUGACGCUGUCCUUGGAAAGUGACAAUGGGCUGUCUUGGUCCUGGGCCCUUUGCAGGGUCAGUCAUAUCUGAACCCCAAGCGGUUGGAAGCGGCCCCAAGGCAGGGUAGUCCUUUUUGCAACCCCUGUGGGACGUGGGUUCAAAGCGCAGGGAGAGGGGAGAUUGCUGUGUGACCCCCAAAGUAUGUUUUAAUAGGGUUGAUUUCCUGCUCAGUCUGUGAGAUCACUGUGAAUCUUCCCCCUCCCCAUCAGUCCUCUCAUUUUCUUCCAGGGUGUAUGAUCUGCCUGGGCCAGUCAACCUUCCUUCGGUUCAACCACCCAGCUGAGGCGAAGUGGAUGAAAAGCAUGAUUCCCAGCGUGGGGCGAAGCCCUGCACCCCAGCAUGGGCUCACAGCAGGUAGGAGAAUUUCAAGGGUGAGGUUUAGGUACAGCACAGCCCUCUAUCCUUGCAGUCACUUGGAAUAGCCACAUGACCCUUUGCCCCUGAUGUUCCCUUGGCCUUCGUAACCAUGGGGUUGUUGGGGGUUGAGUACCCCCAGCUCCCUGUCCAGGGAUAUUAUUUCUGGGGUGGGGGAACCUCUGCUGUUGUGCUGUGGUUUGGAAUUCCUGCAGCUCCUUGCAAAAUGUGAAAUGUGAGGCCCUUCUUUGGGUGCCUCCUCCAUGAGAGAUCUGGAGGAGAACAUGAGAACGGGCCUUUUCUGCAGUAGCCCCCUGUCUGUGGAAUGUUUUGCCCCAGGAAGUUCACCUGGUGUCUUCAUUAAACACCUUUAGGCACAUGGCAAAAACAUUGCCUUGGCCGAUUGACAUCCAAUGUCCUUUUAAAAUGUGUUGAGGAGGGUGGCGAUAUUGGGUUGUUUUUGUUUUUAUUAUGUAUUUUGUGCUUUUAUAUCAUGAGCUUAUGUUGCAACCACCCUAAGACCUAUGGGUAUAGAAAUUUAAUAUGCAAAUUUAUACAAAUUUAAUUAAUGUUGGUUGUGAUGCCUCAGCUGCUAAUGCAGAACUUGGUGACUUGAGUCCAGAGAAUUUGAUAAGCCUCGAUUUCGGGGGAAAGUUUCCCACCCGCAGAAGUUGAGCAUGGCUCAUAGGCAACGUGUGUGGGGUUACGGAGCUGCAGUAGUUGCUGGAGCAGUGGGGUGGGAGCAGGAGCAGUGGAGGGUCAAGAGCUCCCCCAGCCCAGCUUGUCUUUUCUCUCCACAGAGGCCCAGAGCCUUCUGAACGGCAACCAAGAUACGGCGAAGGCUUCCCGGCACAGCCACAGCGCCCUGGUCAGCUCCAUCGAGCGGGACUUGCAGGACAUCAUGGACUCCCUGGUGCUGGAGGAGGAAGGCAGCACCCCCAGGCAGCUCCCCAGCAGCCGUGGCAACGCUCCGUCGCCAGACUCCUCCGUCGUGAAUGGCAGGGGUGGACGCUACCUGCUGUCGCCUCCCCAGAGCCCUGGCGCCAUGUCUGUGGGAUCCAGUUAUGAAAACACCUCCCCGCCCUUCUCUCCCCUCUCCUCUCCCGCAAGCAGCAGCAGCUGCGCCAGCCACUCGCCUGGCACCCAGGACCAGGGCCCUUCCCUGCCUCCGGUGGUGCCCGUUCGCUCCUCUAGUUUCAACCACACCAUGCUGACUUCUCAUGGCGGGGCCAGCCUGGACCUGCCAAGCAGCGCCGGAGGCCCAAACCCGGCCCGGGGGCUGGGGAGCCCACGGACGGCUCGGAGGGCUACACAGGAGAGUCCCCGGAGCCCCACACCCAGCCGCAGGGCCCGGCCCUCGGGGGAGAACCCCCGCCCGGGCCCACGCAGCUCCCCUCCACCUGCAUUGCCCGCCGGCCUGAGCGAGAGCCUGCCAGGAAGCCCUCGGGUACAGCCACCCAACAGCCCACGCCUGGCCCCCAAAUUCCAGUCGCCCUCCACCCCACGGACCAAGGCCACGGCUCUGCAGGAGAGGCCUCCCAGCCCUUUCCGGGAAGCGCGGGACACACCUGCUGGCACCUCCCGCCAAGGGCUGGGGAAAGGCUUCCCGCCGGCUGAGCCUGCCGGGUUUGUGCCUCUCAGCCAGUCGAGCCGGGCCCUGCAGCCCCCCGAGAGCCCCCGACUCAGCCGGCGGCCUCUGGAGAGCAUGCGGGAGCUGCCUCCUCUCAGCCCCGCCUUGUCCCGCCGGGCAGUGUCGCCAGCCCCUCACGGCAGCCCCCCAGUGCAGGCCAAGGCCGGCGAGGCCCCCUGUGGCUGGCGGAGGGAGCCCACUGAGGACCUUAUGUCUGCCUCUUUCUCCUGCCUGCGGGGACGCAGCCCCUCGCCCACCCUGCUCGCCCGGGAGCCUGGCCAACGCAAGCCCAGCUACGCAACCGGCCUGAGCCCUGCCUACAGCCUGGGCUCCCUGACCUCAGCCUCGCCGCGUCAGAGCCCCCGCCUGCACCGGAAGUUGUCUGGGGGGCUGGAGCUGACGCCGGGGCCCCUGCGGGAGCGCAAGCACAGCAUCUCGGAGCUCAGCGGCGACGAGGGGGAGCUGAGGGAAUACCAUCGCUGGCAGCGCCAGGAGCGGCUCCGGGAACAGGAGAUGGAGCGGCUGGUGAGUGGGGCACCUACUCAGGUGGCGGGCACAAGGACCUCUGUAAUGACAGGGGGGUCUGCCGGUGCCUCGGAGGUGGUUGGGCUGCAGUGUUAAAAAUUAGCCAGGCACCAGGCGUGUUUUGCGACUUGCGUAGGACCUUUUGCAACCAGGUGGAGAUCUCCAGACACCUGGAGAGGUCAGACUGACAUCACCAUCUGUCUGACCUCUCCAGCUUUCUUGAGCAGCUAGGCAGAAAAGCUUGUACACUGCAGUUCUGUUUCACUUUAUUUCUCUAAGUAUGGUUCACACACACCCCUCAGUUAAUUCCUACAACAACCCGGUGAGGUAGGUUAAGAGGCUGUGGCUGACUCCAGGAUCACCCAGUGAGCUUCGUGACUGAGCGGGGAUUUGAACCCUAAUCUCCCAGGUCCUAGUCUGACACUCUAACCAUUAGACCACACUGGCUUCCUACAGUGCUUCUGGUGAGAGGCAGCAGAAUUAAGUAGGUAAAUAAAUAAGGGGAAGGCAAAAUGAACCUUAAAGAACGAACCGAAGCAUUUUUCUUGAAGCUUGAAUUUGUUGUAUUUGAUGUUUUAGUGUGUUGUAAACCGCUUUGAGAUUUUUUCUUUAAAAUAUAAAGCGGUAGAGAAAUGAAAUGAAUAAUAUUAAUAUUUUUUUCAAAAAUCCACCACCGAUGUGGCAGCUGUGACCUUGGUUUAAGGUACCAUUUGGCGAUUAGCUUGUAUAUCUGAGUUUCUAACAUGUUAGAUGUGGAAUGAAUGAGGGAAUCCUGGGCAGGCCGAAGGAAUAACCGUUCCCCAGAGAGAAGGGGAGUUUGGGGGGCUGCCCUGCCAGGAGCGUUAGGGAUCUUAAGCGAAAUACAUGCAUUUCCUUGCAGCCAACAGCUAGGGGUGCUAAUUGUUUGAGGGGGAUGGGGGUGGAAGUCAAUGAUAUUUCUGGAAUUUCCAGCUUCGCACAUGCCCAAGCCUUGAGCUGCAGUUACCAAGAUGUGUUACCAGGGGGUGGGCAAAAUCAGCCUGUGUGCCAGGCAGGUAGCAAGGUGGUGGCAGAAAUAGCUGCGUGGAACAGUUUCUGUACAAAACACAGGGGAGUCAGACCCCUUUGCAAGAGUGUCUGCCUGGGGAAGUGAGGCAGGAAUGUGUGGGUUGUGGGUCCCCUGCAGAUGAAAAACAAGCUUUCCCCCCAAGGCACACCUGUCUGUGGGAUGAGGUGGAGCUGCGAAUGGGGGGAGUCGGCUUGUAACCCCCAGGCCUGAAACGGUGCAUUCUCUGGGAUUUUCCCAUGCGGCCCAGACUGAGCAUGCUCCGUUUGGCAUUUGUCGCUUUGUUUUAUGCUCCGCCUGCCUGCAGUUAACUCUUGCGGUUCCUAUCUGGUGAUAAGCACCUCCUAACCAAACAUUCGGAUGUUGCCCAUCACGGGCCCCAGUGCUCCCCGGGAAUGGCACAGAAGGGGCCCCAAUGCACUCCGAUGAGAGAAAGCAUUUUUCAUGCAGAGUGCAGUUAAACUAUGGAACUCCCUCCCCCAGGAGGCAAUGAUAGUCUUUAAAAGAGGAUUAGACAAAUUCGUGGUUAUGAAUGGCUGCUAGCCAUGACGGCUGUGCUCUGCCACCACAGUUGGAAGAAGCAGUGCUUCUGAAUGCCAGUCGCUGGAAACGGCAGGAUGGGAGAGCGCUCUUGUGUUUGAAUCCUGCUUGCGGAUUCCCAGGCAUCUGGUUGGCCGCUGUGAAAACCGGAUACUCCAUUGGCUGGAUCCAGCAAGGCUCUUCUUAUGUCCUUAACUGUUGACUCUGGGCGGGACCCUCCCUGGCAAAGCUAACACCAGGGUGGGGUGCUUUGUGUGCCUGCCCAGCCUCUGAGCCCAGCUGCACCACGCAGCUCCUAGCCGGAGUAACUCUGCCACCUUUUUGCCCAGCCGGGCCUGGGUCUCAGGGUUGGCUGUGUGCCUGCCUGGCUCAGACUGGUGGAGCGUGCCACCUUGGGCUGCUGUGCCAGCCCCCAGCUACACCCUGCAGGCUGCCUGUUGUCUCGCCAGUGGCUGGGCACUGACUCACAACUGCUUGUUUGCACAGCUUGUGUGAUUCACGGGGGGGGGGGGGGAGAGGCUGUUGCUGCUGGGCCCGCACCCUGCCAUUAGCCUGGUCACGUGGCGGGGCAAGCGGGGAGCGUCUUUUUUGGUUCUCGACUUUGUUGUCGGAGGCUGGAGGUGUUUGUGUUCCUUGCCUGUGAAAGGCCUGGAGGGAUGUGUCUGUGAGAUGAGAGUCACUCCGGACUUCACUGUGAGUACCGUAAGCCUGUGUGCAUGUUGCACACUGCUCGCCUCUCCAUCCCACUUGGCACUCUGUACAGCCGAAGCAGCGGCAGGGGUGGGGAUUGAUUGGGGGCUGUUCUCCCAGGACAGAAUUUGCUUUGAUCUCUUGUAGAAGUUGGGGGGGCGGCGGCUGGGAGAGAUGAGUGUUGGGGGUUGCCCACGAAAGCCUGCUCUAGUCCUGGUGAUGCUUAGGUUGCCACAGGAUCCUGUGUGUUCCCCCCGCUGCUCAGCUGAGCUACAUACAAGCUAAAAUAGGGGUGCUCUCCUGAGACUUGGAUUUCACUGUGUCCUAGAGGGAAAAGUGGCAGAGCUUCUCCUUGGCAGUUUCUGGUGCUUCCCUGGUAUCCCUGCAGCCUCUCUUUCUCCCCCCCCCCUUGCCCCCCCCACAACGCCUCUUCUGUCCUUCAUUGGUUAGCAGCUGACCUGGACACCUGUGCAGGAGUGAAAAGGUGCAUAGGCAAGUGAGGCCCUUCUCCCAGUGGGAUGGGUGAGGUCCAAGGGUGCCAAACUCCUCCUUCCUGCUGGUGGUUGGCUUCUCUCUCUGCCAGCUCUAAAGGGCACCUGUUGUAGCCCAGUUGAGGUGGCCCAGCCUUGAGUCAAGGUGUAUCAAGCUCCUCAAGGGGACAUACUCUGAAAGCACACCUGUGGAGCCUUCGGAACCCCAUGAUGUAGCUCCUUGCACCAGAGCAAGAGAAGGGCUUUCUUUCCCCAGGGCAGCUGCUGCCAUUGUACAGUGGUACCUCGGGUUACAUAUGCUUCAGGUUACAGACUCCGCUAACCCAGAAAUAGUACCCCGGGUUAAGAACUUUGCUUCAGGAUGAGAACAGAAAUCGCACGGCGGCAGCAGGAGGCACUAUUAGCUAAAGUGGUGCUUCAGGUUAAGAACAGUUUCAGGUUAAGAACAGACCUCUAGAACGAAUUAAGUACUUAACCUGAGGUACCACUGUACAGGCAGCUCCAUCGGGAAGUUUCCUGAGCCCUCCCUGUUCUGACCAUCUUCCUGCUUGGGGAGGCUCUUUUAAUUUCCUUGGAAUCCUGUUUUAGGUAGCUGCUGGCUUUAUUGUUUCAUUCGCCGAAUCAGAUGUACUUGCUUGCUUGAAAGUAUUUUAUAUACCUUCAGUCCGCACCGUAUAGCAGGACAGUAUACAAUUUUAUGGGAUGCGGAGGCGCUGUGGUCUAAACUACUGAGCCUAGGGCUUGCCAGUUAGAAGGUUGGCGGUUCGAAUCCCUGCAACAGGGUGAGCUCCCUUUGCUCGGUCCCAGCUCCUGCCAACCUAGCAGUUCAAAAGCACAUCAAAGUGCAAGUAGAUAAAUAGGUACCGCUCCAGUGGGAAGGUAAACGGUGUUUCCGUGCGCUGCUCUGGUUUCGCCAGAAGCGGCUUAGUCAUGCUGGCCACAGGACCCAGAAAAACGGUCUGCAGACAAAUGCGGGCUCCCUCUGCCAGUAAAGCGAGAUGAACCCCGCAACCCCAGAGUCGUUCACGACUGGACUUAACUGUCAGGGGUCCUUUAUCUUCCAUACAGUUUUAUAUAUAUGAUCAUUAAAAUGACUGGCUGCUCAAGAAAACAGAUGUAUGGGUCUGUUGGCAUAAAAAGAUCUUCAUGAGGCACCUGAAAGUCAAAAGUAAAGGUGCCUGCAUGGGAGCAGCAGUGACACGUAAUACCCAACUGCUGGGGGAGGCCAGUCGGGCAUCUGUAGCAUGGGGGGGGGGGCAGGGCGCAGAUAGCUGCUAGCACUUCUCUGAAAGAUCUCUGUGAUACAGCUCAGAUAGAAGGGCUCAUACAAGCCUUAAUUUUCAAAUUGCAUUAAUGUCAGAUGAAUAUUGUAAGCUGCUGUGUGAAGGCUUUCUUUUUUUUUUUUUGCAAGUAAAUUUUUAUUCAGAAUUUGUAUAAAGAAAAGAAAAAAGAACUAACAAAUACAAAAAUAAACAUUUUAACAUAAAUUAUUCAUCCUAUUUUCAUACUAUACAAAAAGAAAGCAUAUGUUCAUACAAAAAUAAUAAUAUAACCAUUAGGCUCUCCUUAGCCUUUGACUUCCCUUCACCCUUUUGGUAAGUAUCAAAUAAGUCCCGGGUUGCGUAAUUAGUUUAUUAAAGUUUAUAGUUAUUAGCUGAUAAAGUUUUUCUAAUACCGCCAGUUCCUCCUAUAUAUCCGUUCCAAUAUAUUUCCAAAACUUACUCCAAUUUUUUGAAAUUUCUGGUCGUCUUGGUCUCGUAUUCUGCCUGUUAAUCUAUCUAGCUCGGCAUAGUUGAUCAUUUUGACCUGCCAGUCACUUAUGUUAGGAAUAGUUUCUAUUUUCCAGUUUUGUGCCAGCAUAAUUCUUGCGGCUGUGGUGGCAUAGAGAAAUAUUUUUUAUCUUCAUUUUUAUUUCCUUACCCAUUAUUCCCAGCAAAAAGGCCUCAGGUCUCUUGGGAAAAGUGUAUUUAAAAACUUUUUAAGUUCAUUAUAAAUUGCUUCCCAAAAACCUUCACCUUGCUGCAUUGCCACCACAUAUGGUAGAGGUCUCCCUCCCCUUCACCACAUUUCCAGCAUGUCUUAUUUUCUGAUCUAUAGAUUUUAGCCAAUUUUGCCGGCGUAAGAUACCAUCUAUAGAGCAUUUUCCAAACAUUUUCUCUCAAACUCGUACAGGCCGUAAAUUUAAUGUCUCUAUUCCACAAUUUCAACCACUUUUCAAACUCGAUGUUAUAACCGAAGUCAAUUGCCCAUUUAAUCAUUGCCUCUUUGACUUCCUCGUCUUUUGUAUGCCAUUCCAGUAAUAUGUCAUAUAAUUUAGACAAUGUUUUGUUUUUGCCUUCUAUUAUUUCUAUAUUGAAUUUUGAUUUCUUGUCCUCAAAGCCCAUUUUUCUUUUAUCUUGUUUUAACAUAUCAUUCACCUGAUGAUAUUGUAACCAGCCGGUGAAUUGAUCCUUUAUUUCCUCAUACGGUUUAAGUUUAAGCCCUUGUUCUGAUUUUCUUAGCAAAUCUUCGUAGGUGGCUGUCUCCCUUCCAUGUUGGUUUUUUUAUUGUUAAGACCUCUACUGGUGAAAUCCACCAUGGUGUUUUUCUUUCGAGAAGGUUCUUAUUUCUUUCCCAGACCUGAUAUAUUGGUCCCCUGAAAAUAUGGUUUAAGAAAGCCCUGUGGACUUUCACCUUCUCGUACCAGAGAUAUGCGUGCCACCCAUACCGGUUAUUGAAACCUUCUAAAUCCAGUAGGUCUCUGUUCUCCAAUUUUAUCCAAUCUUUUAACCAAAGUAGGCACGCUGCUUCAUAAUAUAGGCUCAAAUCUGGGAGGGCAAAACCUCCUCUUUCCUUUUUAUCAAUUAGUAUUUUCAUUUUAAUCCUUGGUCUUUUCCCCUGCCAGAUGAAUUUCAUCAGGGUUCUCUGCCAUUCUUUACAUUGUUUUAGACCUUUAAUAACUGGAAGAGUUUGAAAUAAAAACAACAUCCUCGGCAAAACGUUCAUUUUAACCACUGCUAUCUUCCCUAAAAGGAAAAUUUCAUCCUUCCCCAUAUUUCCAGAUCUUUCUUUAUUUUUUCCAUGUAACUUCAUAAUUAUCUUUAUAUAGGUUUAUGUUUUUUGCCGUAAUCCACACUCCCAAAUAUUUCACUUUUUUCACCACCAUGAUUUCCACUUUUUGUUCUAGAUCUUUCGUUUCUUCCUUAGUUAGAUUUUUAACCAGCAUUUUAGUUUUAUUCUUGUUUACCUUAAAACCUGCCACCUCUCCAAAUUCCUCAAUUUUUGUAAUGCUUCUUUUACACUAUCUUGUGGAUCUUCCAAAGUCAAAACAAUAUCGUCGGCAAAGGCUUUAAUUUUGAAUUCCUUCUUUCCUACUCUAAUUCCUUUCACUUCUGUUGCCUCCCUCAGUCUCUUAUUAAGUACUUCCAAAAUUACAAUAAAUAAUAAGGGGGACAGGGGGCAACCUUGUCUGGUCCCUUUAUAAAUGUUAAAAUAUUCUGUUGUAUUGUUAUUUAUCACCAGCUUUGCUUUCUGUUCUUUGUAUAUUGCUUCUAUGCCUCUAUGUGUAAAUAAAAAGUCCAAUGGCUAGCUGCAGCAGUUGGACCAGACCUGAGUGGUUCCACUUAGUCUACCCUAUUCUUUCCCAUGGUAACCCCACCCCGAGGCGCCAGGUGCGUUUUGCUACUGGCGCGAGUCCAAUUGCGACUAUGUGGAGAUUUCUGGGCUCCAGGUUGGGAGCCGCAGUUUUCAAAACCUUGGUCUUGGUUAAUACCAUUUCCAGUUCCGCUGUGUGUGUUUCUCUUCCUUGCAUACUGGGACAAGUGAAUGGAGUAAGCUACAGUCAAGCAAUGUAGUUGGGAUCAUAGAAUCAUAGAGCUGUAGCGUUGGAAGUGACCCCCAAGGUGAAUAGACGUUGUGGCGACCGUAACCUAGGUUUAAGGUGCCGUUUGGCACCUCGCUUAAAUAUCUGAGUUUCUGCCCACCAGAAGGACCACGGCUCUCCCCUUUCUGUCUGUAGUAUUUCUGCCCCACCCUCUCUGCCUUCCAGGGGAUUCCAGGGCAGAAUUUCAUUGGCCUUGAGUUUCCAGCCACUCGGUUUCAUGAGAUGACACCCCAGUUCUUGUGGUAUGAGAGGGAGAGGGAAGCCUCUCUCUCUCUGGGUAUGUUUCUCCUCCCCUUCUGUCCUUCUGCUGCAAUGAACAUAGGAGCUCCAAGACCUUCCUGGCAGAUAUUGUUUAGAAUUUUAUUAUUACGGUCACAGACCAGUUCCAGCUCACUUACAAUAUCAGGAAAAUCAUAAAACACAACAGGAAUACAUUGAAUUGCAGUUGGAUAUAACAGAGACAAUUCAGAUAUAGCGGCAGUUAAAAAUAUAUAUUAAAUCUUGAUCACUAAAAUAUAACCUAAAAUUGUCAUUUAAAACCUUAAUCAUUUUGGUAGUACAGCUUGUUCCCUAAGUUUUAUGGCACAGAAUUUGGCCACCCUUAGCAUGAUCUCUAGAUCCUUGUCCUCUACCAGUAAUUUUAGACAUUGAAGUUCGGACCCAUUUGGAGACUUUUGUAUAACAGGAGUGAUAAAUACCGAGCAUAUAUCCCUGUAGAAACGGCAGCGUAACAAGGCAUGAGAGACAGUGGCAGAUAUUGUCUCAGGCUAGCUGGAGUCCGUGCUUGCAAAAUGCCUUUGGGUCUUCUUUGCUCACGCACCAGAAUGUCUUUCGCCAGCUUUGGUCUGUGCUUACCGAAGCAGCUGCGUGAUAAGACCCUGAACAGGUUGGCCAAAACCACGAAAUGCUACGUUCUCACUUUUCCCUUGUGAAAAGGCUGGGGAAAGCCAGUGGUUGGGGAACCGGCCAACCACAAGAGCCAAGAGGUUGGAGGGAGCUGGGGUGGGGUGGGGUCAGCUGUGGCUCCUGCCAGAGCACCGAAAGUCUUGGGGAUGCUCUGGGAUGCCGAUACUGACAGUUUUCCUUUCACCCCUCUGCCCUUUGCUCAGGAGCGGCAGCGGCUGGAGACCAUCCUGAGCCUGUGUGCUGAGUACACUCACAGCGAUGGGGAUCGGGGCCAGGAGCACAACACCUUCCCCAGCGCUGCUGCCGAGGGCACUGGCCAGCCGGGAAGGAGGCCCUCUAAGGGCUCCAUCAGUCUUGGACGAGCGAAGGAGCAGCUGGUGGGAAGCCUGGGCCUGCGGGAGAGGGAGAGCUUGGAGCGCUCGGAUGAGGACCAUCUGAAAGAGGAAAGCAGCAGCACGGAGAGUGCCGGCCAGGAGGUGAGAGGGCCAUGCUUGGAGCUGGGAGGACAAGGAGGAGCAUAAGGGACUGAACUGGGUGGAGUGCUCCUUUGCUCCCCAAACUGGCACUUUCCACCCAUUUUUUGGAAUACAGCUGCCAUCUUCCCUGACCAGACUGGCUGAGUCCCACAACAGGUUGAGGGCAGCUGACUUGGCAUGUAAACUUGGUAGGCUCAGAGAGGAAAGCGUGGCUUGUGCAUUCCUCCAUCUCUUUGGGGAGAAGAGUUAUAUGCCUGUCCCACAUCCAGUGUGUCUGGGAGACCUCUGGCUAACAGAGUUCAUGGCUGGCGUUGUGGUAUGAAUUUUAGAUAAAACUUUAUUCACAUUAGCCAAUGGCCAAAGCAACAGUAAAACAUUACGGUAUACGCAGGAAAGGAAAUUUGAUAUAAGAGCACAAUUUAAAGUCCUGAAUCAGCUGUCCGUUAGUGGCCCUUAUUCUGAUUGCCCCUGCUAUGAACCUAGCAACCUUUGCUAUUAUCUGCUCAUUUUGAUUGCAGAUCAUUAAGGAAUGGUAUGAAAUUAUUUCUACCCCACCUGUUUCUUACACAGGGAACACCUAUUAAACAGAACAUAUGGAACCAAGAGAAUUAGAAGCAAGCUUCAGCAGAUCCAGUUUAUUAGAGCUAUUGCAAUAGGACAGCCUCUCAGCAGAACUGCUAGUUAGGAGAAAUAAAUAAAAAAAUUGUCCAGUAUCACCUUAGAGACCAACUAAGUAUGUUCUGGUAUGAGCUUUCGUGCAUGCACACUUCUUCAGAUACACCAACACGGCUACCUACCUGAUGCUAGUUAGGAGGACUGCCCAGAGCAAAUUUGUAACAAAGCUUAUGCAGGAUUUCAAGCACAGCAGACAAGGAGUCAUAAACAUCAAGCAUUCUUCUACAUACCUCAAAAAAGGUUACAGGUCAUGGGAUAUAAAGAUACUUGACCUCACACUGGUAAUCAACUUUCCUGGGGUGUCCCAAACCAUUUGGUCCUAACUAUUCAGUGGGGGCUGUUGACAUUCCUUUCCCAUGCCUGUCUCAAGGAAAUGCCAGUGCUAACUCACAACAGACAUAGGAAAACAUCCUGCCGUUUGUGCCACUUUCAGGAUAAGAUAGAAGAGAUGGAAUGCAGCCUAGGAAUGAGGCAUGAGAGUCACAAAAUGCAGACAUGUGGGAAUCAUUCAUGGAUGCAUUCUAGCCAAAGGUUAAAUGCACUUAAUAUUGAAACAUGAUUAAAAUCAAAAAUAUACACCUGGGGUCACUGAUUUUUUUUCAUUAUUCCCCCCUUUGAUUAUAACCUUUCCAAGGUUUAUAAUCCCACUUUAUCAAAGUCGUUAAUCUACCAAGACAUAGUCCCUCUUGGACAUAUUUACUAGACCAUUAACACUGACAAGCACUGAACACCACAACAUAGCAAUAUAAUACAAAGAAUGACUGAAAGGAAUACAAAGAAUGACUGAAAUGAGAAUUAAUAACCCCCCUUUCAAGGCUUCCUUGAUGCAACUAGCCUGAGGAUACCAAUAUGGCAAUCCUUUAUGUAAUGGGUAGGCAAACUAAGGCCCAGGGGCUGGAUCAGGCCCAAACGCCUUCUAAAUCCAGCCCACAGACGGUCCAGGAAUCAGUGUGUUUUUACAUGAGUAGAAUGUGUCCUUUUAUUUAAAAUGCAUCUCUGGGUUAUUUGUGAGGCUUGGGAAUUCGUUCAUCCCCCCCCCCCAAAAAAAAGGUCCCCCACAAGGUCUGAGGGACAGUGGACUGGCCCCCUGCUGAAAAAGUUUGCUGACCCCUGCUUUAUGUUGUUCUUAUUAAAUUCUCUAUGGUUUUAAAGACCCGAGAGAAGCAUUCUCUCCCUUUUUCUUUAAACAUGUCAGCUUAUGCUUUACAUGCAGCAGGGAGGCCUAGUCAUCAAGGACACAUGAGGUUUUCUUGCAUCAGCUUUAUUUUGUGCCCGGUGUCAAAUUAGUCUUCUAAUUAGGCUACCCUCUCUGCUGAUUUUUCCAAACCCUCCACAGCACGAAGAGCCACCCAGCACCAAAGCCAGCCAGGAGGCGACCCUGCUGGAGGAGGAGCGCACCCGUGUCCUGGCCAGCGUUGAUCAGCUGAAGAGCCGAGCUAAGGAGCUGGAGCAGCAGCUGCAGGAAACAGCCCGGGAGGUUAGGCAGGGAUGAGGGCAAAGGGUAGAGUUCCUUCCUCUUGGCUGUACCCUGUUUGGUCAUGCUGAUGGGCAGGGCACAGCCCAGGAGGGGCCCAGUCCAGACUUCAUUCAUGAAUGAAGAGUUGGCUGGAGCUCAGGGAGGCCUCGAACUCACCCCCACCUCCCGAUGGCUCCUCCUGCAGAGAGAGGCCUGGGCCCUGAGUCUUAGCAUGAUGGGGCUCCUUGUCUCUCGCCCAGGCGGAGAUGGAGCAGGCCCUCCUGCAAGGCGAGCGGGAGGCCGAGCUGAUCCAGCUGCAGCAGGAGCAGAAGGCAGUGCAGCAGUUGCAGGAGCGCAUGUCUGGUCUGGACGCCGCCAUCCACCGGGACAAGGUAAAUGGCUGGCGCCCGGGGCCUCUUGGCUUCCUCAGUGCCACCUGGCCACCCUUUGGGAAGGCACAACCAGGCCACAUGUGGCCCUCGGCUUGGGCUGGCCCUGCUCCGCCCAGCUUGGCUGCUCUGUUCCUCACCCCCCGCCCCCAAGGACGCUACACUGGGGGGAACUGGGUUGCCAAAGCUGCCCUGGCACUUUCCCUCGCCUCUCUGCUGGGUUUUCAAGCCGAGGUGACUCGCUCGGGAGCUGAACUCAAGGCGGUUCCUCUUGGUGCUUGGUGGCAAGCUGGAAAAGCGCUUGGGGGGCUCCAGAGGGGAGCCCUCUCUUUCCAAGCUGUGGUGUCUGAGGUGUCUCUUCUCAAGCCAGGCAGUGCUGUUUGCAUCCACCUCCCUGGCGCUGCUCAAGGCUGGGCCCUUCCUUGCCCCAAUUCAUCUUUUCAGACCAGAGGCAUUAAGAAGAUGUUUGCCUGCAAGACAGGCAGCUCCAAACCCAGAACCUUGGCUGGCUGGGGAUGGAAGCAAGUUGCCCCUGGGACCUGAUUCCCACCAUGCCCCUGGACUCCCUGGCAUUUAGCCCCCCCAGGUGCUUGUUUUGGGGCUGCUGAUUCCCAGCCUUUCUCAAACCUUUGCUCCCGCAGGGAGCCCGAGGGGACGCACACACCUUGCGAAGCGCUGCCACUAACCCCCCGCCUCGCACUAACCAGCUCUAACCCUCUCUCCGUUCUCUCUCUGUCUCUCUUUCUCUCUCUGACUCUGAUUGCUUGGAUGCCUGCCUGCCUGCAUCUUGCUGGUGGGCCACCCUAACUGAGACAGUGAGGCGGAGCAUGGCUGAAGCCCAAAAGACAGGCGGAGGAGGAGGAGGAGGGAGGGUCUAUUGCAUGUGUACAAACGUCCCACCCCAUCGGAGGCUGCUUGGCACCUCCUGGGGAGUUGGGGGGGGCUGAGGGGGCUUGGGUGCCUUCAAGGAGCUCUGCAGUGCCCUCCCUCUCCCCCAUGCGGGUGCCCAUCCCAGCUGCCCCCCAACAGGCAGGGUGCUCUUCAGCACUUCAGUCUAGCUGCGGGGAAACUUGCAGGUUUGUUAAUGCACAACUGCGGAUUUGGAUGCACAACUGCUGAUGCCGUUGAAGGCGGACUCAGGUCUUGCUGUUCUGUUUCCCGGUGUGUAGGCCUCCCCAGCUUUGGAUUAUUCCUUAAGGACAGUGGAGAACCACCCAGUCUGGCACACUAAAUGCACUAUAAAACUCAGGGCGACGUGGAGACUUUGAGGACUGUGCAAGUGAUCUAAUUUCACAGGGUCGUGAGGACCAAAGGCAGGGGGUGGGGAUCAAUACUGCACAGGACAGUCUGUGUGGAUGGAGUGCCAGGGCAUGACGCCUAGGCAAGCUGACUCAGAAUUGAAAAGCGGCAACUGACACUCACCCACCCUCCCUGAGCAGUGGUGGAGCUUCAUGCUCCGGCACCAGGGGGAGGGGGCGGAGAGUAGGCGGGGGCGGGGCUGGCACGUGUCCCAGGGGCAUGGUGCACGUCCUGGGGGUGUGGCACCCAGCGCGGGCGGGGGGGGUCAGCCACAAUGGCACCCCAUCGGGAUAGCGCUGCUGGGGGUGGUGCGCUCCCCCCGCACGCCUCUUCCUCUGCCAGUGACCCUGAGAUUCUGCCCCAAGGAAAACUGGAUGAUACAUUCUAUUGGUUUUUAUUGUGUGUCCCUGCCGCAUUCUGUGGACUCCUGCGAAGUCAGAUCCGGCAUGCAGCCUUGGCCACGGGUGGCAAGGCGCUUGCUGCCCCCAGUGUGGGCCUGGUGCCUCUCUCCUGCUGCCAACUCACUCACUGACAUGUACCCCAAAGUGCCCAGAGCCCCCAGUAAACGGCGCUGCACUAACUCCAGAGAGGUGUGAGCCUAGUUUUGUGUCUCAAACAUAGCAAUGCUUGUAUAUCCUGAGUCAACUCUGGGGUGGCUGGGAUGGGGCUGGAGGGAGGGUGUGUGUCUCAUCCUGAAAAUGCCCAUUUCCUGGACUCCUGAGUAUCUCUAGAGAUCUUUGCGGCAGCUGACAUGGUGGACUUUUCUGGGCAGGCCAGUAAUUGGCCGGAGAGGACUUAUGGGUGGCCAAGACCGCCCUUUGGGCACAUGGUGACUUUGAGACGCAAGGCUGAGGUUCCCAGUAGCUGCCCGGUAACCCUGUUAGAGUUUGAGCCCCCUUGCUAACCUCCUGCCCCCUUGCUUUGCAUGGCCUGCUCUUGAGAAGUGUGUUUUCUCUCUCUUUCUCUCUCUCUCUUCCGUGUGUGUUGUUUUCUCCCGGAUUCAGGAGAGGGCAAAGGUUGAUGCUGAAAGGAAGGAACUUGAGCGACUGCGGGCACUAUACUCUGAGCUCAAGCGCCAGCUUGAUAACUGCCCUGAGUCAAUGAGGGAGCAGUUGCAGGACCAGAUGCAAAGGGUCAGUGUCUCCUCCCUUGCCCCCCACCAUCUCCCCGCCUGCAGCCGGGGUCAGCGCCUGGCUGAGGGUAAGCAUGGCAGGCUGGCUUGGGUUGGUGGGGCACCACUCAGCAGGGCCUGGCGCCCUGGCAGCUCUUCUUGGGAGGACGGCUUUUCCAGAAGAGGGAGCUCAGAUCAUGGGUGGGGGCCCUCCUCUCCUUGAGCCCUGUUUGCGGAGCACGAAGGGGCUAAGACUGGAAUGAAGCUGAGCCCAUCCUGGCAGGGAGCAAGGGUUGCCAAGGCCCAGCAGCUCCUCAAGAAACCCACCCUACACCCCUUUCUCAUGGCUCUUGCUGGCACCAGAGGAGUCUCUGUGAGGCUGCCAGCUCCUUCGUCCCUUGAAUGCCCCUCAGGCUAUUUUCCUCCUUGAACCGUUUUGCUGGUUACGUGUCCUUUUGCUUAAAAAAGAGCUCGCCUUCCGCCAUUUUGUUUUUUGGGUGUGUUUUUUUGCAAGGGUUUGCUUGCAGAGGAGAGCCAGAGCAGCCCUGUCCUUCAGGUUGCCUCUGCUGACUCUGCAGCCUUUGGACCCUUGUCCCACCUGCCCUGUGACCCUCUGGAAGGCUUGGACCGGAUGCACCUAGAAGGUCCUAGGUCCAAUCCCCAGCAGCAUCUCCAGGAGAAAAACCCCUGGAAAUCCUUGCUGAGCUAGAUGGACCAAUGUUCCUUCCCCCCUGCCCAAGCCAGCCGCCUUCCCCGAGUCCCAGCUGAGCCACUGUGUCCCUGCUGCAGGAAGCGGAGGCCCUGGAGACGGAGACGAAGCUGUUUGAGGACCUGGAGUUCCAGCACCUGGAGAAAGAGAGCCGCCUGGAGGAGGAACGCGAGAUGCUCAGCCAGCAGCUCCUGCACAGCAAAGCCGAGAGCCACCGCAGCGUGGCACGGAGGAAGGUGGGUGGGCGAGAGUGGAGAAGGAAGCCCUUUGAGCCGGGGGGGCACUGGCCACGUGGCACUUGCUCAGCCCCCAACCCUGCUCUUUCCGUGUCCCCGCAGGAACGCCUGGCAGCGCUGGAGAGUCAAGCCAACCAGAUCAGGCUGCAGGCUGCUCAGGAGGCUGACCGGCUGGGCAAGGAGAAAGCCACCACCUUGCAGAUGCUGCAGAAGGUACCGGCUGGCAAGGAGGGCAUCUGGCAGAGCUGGGCGAGGCAUUGCAGGCAGGGCAGGGCCACCUGGAGUGGCGCUUCUGUCCUGCCAGAACCAUUCCCCCAUAGGGGUAAGGUUAGGUGGGACCUGGGCUAUUGACAUGGGGGAAGGCGUGGCUCUCCCCUUGGCACUGUGCCAUAGGGGAGAGGCAGCUGGAGGCUGGCAGGUAUGACUGGAAGCACCCCAACAAACUUCUCUCUUUUCCUUCCCUGUGGUAGGAGAAGGAGACCCUCCUUGCGCUAGAGAGACGGUACCGGGUGCUGACUGGUGGCUCCGGCUUCCCCAAGGCCUCUACAGCUCUGCGAGAGGUAAAAGGACCUCUGUGGGUGCCCAAGUUCUUUGGUUUUGUGUGUGGGGGGGUGGGCUUUAGCAAAGCCCCAAGGGUGCAGGCUUUUGCAGCCUCCUGAACUUGCAGUGGGAAGUGAGCCCUUGCCUUAGCAGGGCUUGUUGUUUCUGCCUUUCUCCCACCUUACCUUGCUAACAGCGCAGAGUUUGACGGCAAUCUCUCCUUACUACGGAAGGAGGCUGAGAGGGAGGUGAAGAGGCAAACCCUGCCCAGGAAAGCUUGGUGUGCUGGGACCUCAUGCCCGGAGCUUCUCCAGCCAGUCUCCCAUAGUCCGAGAUAGUUAGUUAUUAUUAUUUCCCAUUAUUGAGAUUUUCCAGAUCCAUUUAAAAAAGGACUCUUCCAGUCUAGAGCGUGCUGAAUUUUUCAACCUUCAAAUUCCAAAAUUGAAGGGUGCUAAAAUGUUGUAUUGGGAACUCAAAAUAUAUUUCGUUUAGUUUUGGUUGGUUAGUAAAAUGUGUGUAAAAUCACAUAGAAAUCAUUAAAAAUGAUUGCCAAGUACUUGCAGUUUUUAUUAUUAUUAUUAUUAUUAUUAUUAUUAAACAUUACCUGCCAUUUUCAGAAGAUAAAAUUAAAAUUCUUUGGUUUUCCAAAAGCAGUUCAUGUGCUUCAUCAUCAAACUUGGACUUGCCAAGCUAAAUGUUGUCCAAUCAAGAAAAUAAUAGCAGAUUUGAAUUCCUCACACCCAAAAACAUAUUUUUAAGACCCUUCACUGAAGAAAUUUGCAAAAAUUAAGUUUCAGCCCCUAACUUCUGGAGUUAAAGGAGUGUACACCUUGUGCAUUUAACAGAAACUUCCCAGAAGACAGUGAGCAGUUCAGCCCAAAAUAUUUAGAAAACCACCUGUCUGGGCCGCUCUCCUGCGCUUUUAUUCUGUAGCUCUGUCUUGUUCUUUUGGCUGUUGCAUAAUUACCACCUGUUUAAGAUAUUACAGGGGUUAUUUCUCUUUAAAAUGUGUACAUGGGGGGGGGGACGCUGCUGGGGCUCUCCUGAAAGACAUGUUCCCUCCCCGUUUUUCUUCAGGCGACAAUAUCCCUGCAACCGUUUUCUAUAUUGCCUGUGUGAUUUUCAGACUCCCAGCAGUAACCUCCUUUCUCUGACUUGCCUUCUUUUUCCCUUCUGGGGAAGCUUGAGGGCGGGGGCCUCUCAUACUGGCGAUGAGGCACAAGAGCACUUAGUGGGGGAGGAAGCAGAAGAAGCCCUCUCUGCAGCCCCUCCAUUGCCUCCGUUCUGAGAAUAAAUUGCCCAAACAGCCUGAGGGUUCUAUUAUUAUUAUUAUUAUUAUUAUUAUUAUUAUUAUUAUUAUUAAAUGUUAUUUAUACCCCGCCCUCCCCAGCCAACACCAGGGUGGCCAACACCAGUGUAAAACAAUUGAUUGAAAUACAACAUUAAAAUGCAGCCUCAUUUCAGUAGGAACUCAAUCAAAAACUUUGGGGGCGGGGGGAUGAAAACGUCGAAUCUUCACCAAGGCCAACUAUCCAGACUGGUCCUACACAGGCCAGAAAAGCCAGGGAAGUCCCCAAAUAGGAGUUCCAUCACAGUUCCAUCACAGAAGAAGAAAGGAAAAAGGAAGAGGGGGAGGGCGGGACGGCUGUGUGUGUUCCCUUUUCUUCCUCCCCCCUGCCCUCCCCCCACAACCUGAGCUGACAUUUUCAGGGUUCUCCUGCAGUUCGGCUGCCAUGGACAGACCCUGCCACCUUCCUCUUUUGCCCCCCCUCUCUUUCCGUGCGUCCUGCUGUUCUUGCAGCUCCCUCACCGCUGUUCCCAUCCUCGCAGGAGACGCUUCCUUUCUCUGAGCUGGGGGAGGCGGCUGAUUCUGCAAGCCCCUUCUGUGCAGCUACUGCUUCCUCCACCCAGCUCUAUCCAGGGAGGACAGAGGUAAUGCUAUGUGGCUGCCUGUCUGCAUGCCUGCCUGCCUCUGAGCUGCUUUCCCGCUUGUUGCAUGCGCUGCAACAUCUCCUCCCCGCUUGGCUUGGCUGUGCCCAUCGGUGGCUGGACUUUGCAGCGUGCCUUAGAUCUGUGGGCAGGUGUUUCAGCCCAGACUUGACUCUGGAAUACAUCACUUCUUCCGUCCGACUUCCAUGUUUGCGCCCUUGCAGAAAAACGCUCCUGCCUGCUGACUUUCCCUGCUCUCUGCCAGUGUGAUGUCUGCUCCCCACAGAUCCCAAGAACUGCAUUGAGCAGUGGGCACCAGUGUUCCUGGGUUUGGCAGAGGCACUCACAAUAUGGCCUCACUUGGGCAGGAUGCUCUACUCUGGUGAGCUCUUGCAGGUAGAUGCCACCUGGCACAGCUGUGGGCCACAGGCCACGGGCAGGUUAGGCCCUUCCCAGGUUGCCAUGCUUGUGUGUGUGUGUGUGUGUGUGUGUUCGUGUGACAUUGCUCCCUUGGCUCAGUGCCCCAAUCCCUCUCUGAUUCUCCUCCUCCUCCUCCUCCUCCUCCUCCUCUCUGCCUGGCUGCUUCUAGGAGUACGUGAGACUUUCUGACGUUUUCCCAUUUUGCGGCUGUGGGCCAGAUGCUAGCACCGCACCUGCCGUCCCCUCACCUGCGCCCCCACUGUCCUAUGAGGUACCUGCCUUUCCGGUCCCAUUGCUGGGGCUGGUGCAACAGUACAUGCAGCCGAGGGAGAUGUCUAGGGGCAGGUGGGAAAGGGGGUACGUCCAUAUUCCAUGCUACCUCCCAACAAGAAGGAGCCUACUCUAGCCCAGCCCAGUUUUUGGGGGGUCCCUAGCAUAGCCUCCUCCACAAAAAGGCUGCUGUGGGGGAGGCUGGUGUUCUCCCCCCCCCCAACUCCCUCUCAGCCUCCUCCCCUCCCCGCAUUCUCCUCCGGCUUUGUGCACUCCCGGACUGCUUGCAGCCUGCCUCUCACUCUUUGCCUUUUCCUUCCUGCCCAGUACGUGACAACUGACCAGCUGGCAGUGAUUCUGGGCAGCGUCAGGUCGGCUGUAGGGCUCGCCCACUCCCCCAGCCCCCCCGUGGCAGACUCCGCUGCUUCUGCCCUGCCGGCGGCGCUGCUCUGCUCCUCCAGCUGCCCCCAGGUUUGUGCUUCUGCGGCAACCCCCACCCUCUUGCUACCUCCUCCAUCGCUUCCUUUGGGGUAGGCGGGCUGCCCUGCACACUGUGGCAAGGCACUGGGGCAGGGGUUGAGGAGCAGGGGGUCUUGAGUUAUAGCUGUGUGUGUGUGUGUGUGUGUGUGUGUGUAUGUAUGUAUGUAUGUUUGUUUGUUUGUCUGUCUGUCUGUCUGUCUGUCUGUCGGGGGCAGUGGGAGAGAGAGGGAGGAUUCUUUUGGCCUUGAGGUCUAUUUAUUUAGAAUACUUACCGUAUUUUUCGCUCCACAAGACACACUUUUUCCCUCCUAAAAAGUAAGGGGAAAUGUGUGUGCGUCUUAUGGAGCGAAUGCAACCGGGAGGCAGGCGGGAAAAGCCCCCAAGAGCCGCACUCCCUUUCACGAGCCGUGUGGAGCGUGUGUGCAGCUCUUGGGGGCUUCUCCCUCCUGGGGAAAAGCCUGCAAGCGCCGCACACACACUCCACGUGGCUCGUGAAAGGGAGCACUUUCAAAACUUUUUUCCCCCUUGCAUUCCCCCUCUAAAAACUAGGUGCGUCUUAUGGAGUGAAAAAUACGGUAUAUCCUGCUGCUCAGUGAGUUCUCCAUUAGAAGAAUAAGGUGCAGGAGAGCCAGACCCACACAUCUCUGCAGGCUGGGCAGGGGCUGGUGCCUAACAUCUGUCUGGCCUGCGUGCUGUUGCUUUUCGGCCAGCUGCCCGUCCGAGUCUUUCACGCUGUCUCCUUCCUCUCUCUCUCGCCCUCCUUCGCCACCACCCUCUGCCCGUCACCCUCAGAGAGAGCCGUGGUGGGCAGAGAGCGCAGUGCGGCUGCCACUUUUCGCACAGGACCUCCCAGCUGGCUUUGAGGCUGAAGCAGACCCCCCUGCUGCUUGUCUCUCCUCCUCCUCCUCCCCUCCUCCUCCUCCUCUGCCUGCUAAAGCUCACUCGUCUCCAGACCCACGACAGGUAAUGAACCGUCCCCGGAUGAGGUGCUGCUGUGCCCCUUGGAGCCCCCCCCCACGUCCCACGUGGGCGCAAGCCACGCCCUCUUUGCCAAACCUCUUUCCCUCCUGCAGGUCUAUCGCUCCAAGAUGGAUGGUGGCUCCAGCAGCUUGGCUUGGCCCAAAGGAGGCAGCUCCUCCUCACAGCUCAACAUGGCCACUCUGGGACGCAGCCCCUCGCCCAAGGUACAGUGGGGCAGCGGGCGAGGUGUGGGGGGAGCCUCGCCAACAGCCUUGUUUAGGGAAGCUUUUAAUGUUAAAUAGGUUAUUGUAUUUUAGUGUUCUGUUGGAAGCCGCCCAGAGUGGCUCUGGCCAGAUGGGUGGGGUAUAAAUAAAAAAUUAUUAUUAUUAUUAUUAUUAUUAUUAUUAUUUAUUAUUAUUAUUAUUUGCUCCUAAGCCCCUUACUCAGGCCCUUCUCCCUCUUGCAUCCCCUGAGGUCCCUCAUUCCACCUGCACCCCAAGCUGGGCCUAGUGAGUAUCUUCAGAAAACCCUCCUGUCUCUCAUCCUCCCUCCCCCCCCCCCACAGCAACUGCCACCCCCCAAGAUUUGGCCAAUGUGACUGAUGGAGCUGAGGAACUGGUAUCAGUGGAGCACAGCACCCCUUCCUCAGUCAGUGAGCAUUUGUCAGGGACUGGGCAGAUGAGGAAUGAUGGAAACCACCUCCCCAGCCUGACCCUUCCAGAGAAGAAGACGACAGUUCAGAAUUACAACAGGGGUUUGAGGGAGAUCACAGUUCAGAGGCAGAUGGAGGGCGGAAACUGGGAAAUAAUGGGAGAGGAGGAGGAAGAGGAGGAAGAAGCACGAGGGGAGAGACAGCUGACAGACUCAGUGUAUUUAGAAAGUAUUCCAGACCCCUCUUCUCCCAGAACCAGGUGGGCAUUGAAAGUAGGAGAGCAGAGAGCUCAGAGGCAGAAAGCUCAGAUCAGCCACCAUGGGGAUGACGCAUAAUGGGAGAGAAGGAGGGGGUGGGGUUUCACUCGGAGCAACACCAUUACUCGAAGAAGCCGCAUUUCUAAUCCUCUCUCUGUGAAUAUUGAAUAAAAAGCAUUGGUAAGAACUUCCUUAUCCAUUUCUGGCAACCUACCGUGUGGGGUUGGAUCUUCUGAAGCCUGACAGCAUAGCACCCUGCUCUAGGGACAGGUGGGACUGAGAAGUCUGGCUUCCAAACUGCUUCUCUCCCGCAGAGCUCCCUGUCCCCACAAAGCAGCACCGGCAGCCUCCCUCGGAAUCUGGCCAGCACCCUGCAGGAUAUUGAGAGCAAGCGCCAACUGGCCCUUCAGCAAAAGGGUGGGUGCUGGGGAGCAGGAGAGAGUGGUUUGGGGUGGGGGGCAGGAGAAUGUCCGCAGCCCAGCCAGCUCCUUUGCUCGCUGGUCUGAUGUUGGCGAGGGGUGGUGGCUUUGGCAUCUCUGCCCCGGACUGGGGUGUGUGGGUGUCUUCCUGGCGUAGGAAUGCCUUCAGGGACUGGCGGGAGGGCGCUGAGCUGCUGCCCCUGGCGCUCAGCCUGCUUUUGUCCUGGGCAUCUCUGCAGGCCAGCAGGUGAUUGAGGAGCAGCGGAGGCGCUUGGCUGACCUGAAACAGAAAGCGGCGGCCGAGGCUCAGUCCCAGUGGGAGGCCCUGCAUGGGCAGCCCCUUCCCCCUUCUCCGUACUCCCCCCUCAUCCACCACUCCAUCCUCCAUCACCACCCACCGGGGGGCCUGGGCCUGCGCGCCAACGAAGACGGGGAGCGUGCCUACGACACCCUCAGCCUGGAGAGCUCCGACAGCCUCGACACCAACCUGUCCACGAGCGGCAACUCCGCCUGCUCCCCGGACAACGUCUCCAGGUACAGCGGGACAACAGCCGCCGUCCCUGAGGCCCGGCAGAGCAGCUCAGCCCCUUCCCUGCUUAGGGAAGGAGGAGGACACUCUCUUCCUCUUCCUCUCUUGUGGAUCAAGAGGCAACCCUGGGCUUGGCUGCCUUCUCUGCCCCUGCUACUCCCCUCUCCCCAUUCCCCUGCCCCCCAAAUGUCUCUAUCAGCUUCUCCUGGGCUGAAGGCAGAGCUCCCUGCAGGGAGGCAGAAACUGAGCUGCCCUCUGGCCCUCCCCGCAAGCAGUGAGUAUUCCCUCCGACCACCAUCCAUCCAUUUCCUCCAUUUCUCGCAUGGCUCUUGAGCGUUGCCUCUGCCCAGUCUGGGUGUUGCCCCGUAGCAGAGAAGCCCACUGGCAUGGCUCGCCGCUGACAGCCUGGCUUUGCCUUGCAGUGCCAGCGGGGCAGAUGCAGGGAAGAUCGAGGAGAUGGAGAAGAUGCUGAAGGAAGCCCACGCAGAGAAGUCGCGCCUGAUGGAGUCGCGGGUGAGAGAAAAGCUGGUGGCUGAGACAUCCCAGCCACCUCCCCUUAUCUCUUGUAUUCCCCCUACGCUCCCUCCCCUUGGUUGGGCACUGCAGCCCCUUCUGCAUUUCACGUGGAUGUUGGGUCUCCACCAACUGAAAAUGUUCCUUCCCCUUGGCAGGGUUUCUUAUCAGCUCUCCUUUCUUGGCAAGCAGGUGAGGGAUUAUUUCCCUCUGGCUGAUGCCAAUCACAUGGGCUGAUUGGGGAAAAUGUUGGUGCAGAGUCAAGAAGGGAAGGGAGACUGUAGCUCAUUGGUAGUGCAGAAGGUCCCAGGCUCAAUGCUUGAUGGCAUCUCCAGGUAGGGCUGGGAAUGUCCCCUGCCUGAAUCCCUGGAGAGCCACUGCUGGUCAGUGUAGGCAGCACUGAGCCUAAAUGGACCAGUCAUCUCAUAAGGCGACUUAUGUUCCCAUUAAACAGCAUCCCUUUCUUCUGAACCAUAAGCGCUGGAGUCUUACAGCAGACACCUCAAAAAGAGAGUAGCUCACUAGGUAGGGCUAAAGCUUGGUGCUAGAGGAUCUGCUUUGCAAGCAAAAGCUCCCCAAUUGCAUCCUCAGCAUCUCCAGGUAUAUCUGGGGAAGAUCUCCUGCCUGAAUCCCUGGAGAGCUGCUGCCAGUCAGUGUAGGCAGUCCUGAGCUACAUGGUCCAACGGGUCUGACUCUGCAUCCCUGUAUGGGUACAUAUGGGCAGGUGGCAUCCCAGGGUGGGACAGGGCAAGGUGCUGAUGUGGGAUGCCCCUUGCAGGAGCAAGAGAUGGAGCUGCGGCGCCAGGCCCUGGAGGACGAGCGGCGGAGGCGGGAGCAGCUGGAGCGGCGUCUGCAGGAUGAGACGGCGCGGCGGCAGAAGCUCAUUGAGAAGGAGGUCAAGAUGCGAGAAAAGCAGUUUGCCCAGGUAUGGGGGCAAGGGGCUGAGCACAGCUCCUAUUCUUCUGGUCCCAGUUAGGAGAAGCAGAACAGGUGGCAGGGAGGCUUCUGCUUCGCUGCCCAGUAAAUCAUGCCAUGUGGCUUCUCCCACUGGACCUUGGGAAACUCCCUGGGGUUGGGGGGUCUGAAAGGACAACCAGCAUUUAAGAGGGGAGCCUGCCAGGAUUCUUCAUAGCCAGCCCUGCUGAGCCCUUCCUUCCCUCCAUGGGCCUGGCCUAAGUCCGGGUGCCGCCAUUUUGAACGAACCGUUGCCACUCCCUGACACGGAAUGAAGUUCAUGCACGAUCUGACCUGCUCGGUCAUCAGGCACAAAAGCAAAAUAUGUGAAAUGAGGGCAUUAUCGGGCUUCUAGCUAAACGGGCUUGGGGAUUGCAGCUGGUUGCGCUGAACAAACUUGGGGUCCCUCCUGGCUCUGGCAUGCAGCUCCUCCUUCAGUGUGGCUCCCAUGAGCUGGGAGCCCUGGAGGCUGCACUGGGCCCGACAUGGGAACUGCCCUCUGCCCCACACAGGCCCGCCCUCUGACGCGCUACCUGCCUAUCCGCAAAGAGGACUUCGACCUGCGUUCGCACAUUGAAUCAUCUGGCCACAGCGUGGACACCUGCAGCCAUGUCAUCCUCUCUGAGAAGAUGUGCAAAGGCUACCUGGUCAAGAUGGGGGGUAAAAUCAAGUCCUGGAAGAAGCGAUGGUUCGUUUUUGACCGCCUGCGGCGCACUCUCUCCUACUACGCAGGUAAGCCCUGUUACUUUAAAAAAUUAAGGGGUUUGGUUUUUGCUGCCCAACUCCCCAAGGGACUGAGUCCUCUAAGUCCAUGAUUAGUCAGAGAUAAUGGAUGGAGGCAAGAUCCAUAGAAGGCAAGGCAGAUCUUUAUUUUUCUGUUGCAAUGGAGUUCCCUCCCCUCCUUGCAAAAAGGUAGAAGAGACCCUGAUCAAUGGUGUGCAAGCCCCUAUAAAGACUUUGGAAAUUGCCCACCCUGGAAGUAGCCUAAGACCACCCCCCAAAACAUCAUACAUACAUCACAGGAGGCAGAGGUCUCCAGCAGAAAUUUGAGAGUGUUGCUUCUCUCCUGUCUGCCAGGAUAAUGCUUCCUUCAAUGGAAUUUAUGGGUAGCCUGGUCAUUCCUUUGAGAUGGUAAACACUUUAGUUCCUGAAACUCUUACACAUAUUGAUAGUUUGCUCAGCUUAACAGAUACUUGCCAGACUGUAUUUGCAGGGAGGUGUAAGCCCCUACAGUCCAAAGACCAUUGGAAAGCUUUUCCCAUUUUCUCCCUCCUUGCAGAGAAAUAUUUUGGGACAAUUUGAGAGAAUCAAAAUGGCUUCAGGAUUGCUCUCCUGUACUGUUUCAGACACAUGGUUUAUAUACUUAUGUACAGUGGUGCCUCGCAAGACGAAAUUAAUCCGUUCCGCAAGAGUCUUCGUCUAGCGGUUUUUUCGUCUUGCGAAGCAAGCCCAUUGACGGAUUAGCGCUAUUAGCGCUAUCAGCUGUUUAGCGGCUAUUAAAGGCUUAAAGGCUUAGCUGCUAAAAGGCUAUUAAAGGCUAUUAAAGGCUUAGCAGAUUAGAUAAAGGGGAAAGCGAAAAAAAAAUCUCAAGACUCGCAAGGGAUUUUCGUCUUGCGAAGCAAGCCCAUAGGGGAAUUCGUCCUGCGAAGCAACUUCAAAACGGAAAACCCUUUCGUCUAGCGGUUUUUCCGUCUUGCGAGGCAUUCGUCUUGCGGGGCACCACUGUAUGCGUGUUUACCUGAAACAUUGAUGAACAUCUAUUCUGUAUCUGAGACCUUAGAAUUCUUAUAACAGCCCUGCCCUCUCUCUCCUGCCCAGAAUUAGCCUCACUCUUCUGACUUCCCUCUUCUCUAUCCUAUGCAGACAAGCACGAGACGAAGCUCAAGGGCCUCAUCUACUUCCAGGCCAUUGAGGAGGUUUAUUACGAUCACUUGCGCAGCGCAGCCAAGGUGAGCGAAGCAGGGAAUACAGGAUCCCUUUCUGGGGGCAGCCACUUCACAUGGGGGCGGGGGCUGGACGGGUAGUCAGGGUGUUGCUGGAUUUAACGCAGCCAUACAGCCAAGCCUCCUUCCCUCUUAGACUCUUACUUCCCUUCUCUCUCUGCCCCUUUCUUUCUUUCUCUCUCUCUCUCUCUCUCUCUCUCUCUCUCUCUCUCUCUCUUUCUCCUCCUCCAGAAGGGAUUCUUCUCUCUCAGCCUGGCCAGUGUAGGUACCAUCCUCUUUUAUAGGCAUGCCUGGUGGCUCCCCCUAAAUGCUGCGCUGCCUUGAGCAUUUGAACUAACACGGCCUCCUUGUACUGGAGGGUUUCGGCUGCAUUUUGACCUGAGCUCAGUGCCUGUGUGUGGAGCGGGAGACAGGAUUUAACAGCGUGCCAUGACUUCUCAAAAUAAUAAUAAUUAACAACAACCCUCCUGGCUGUCAGAAUGGCAUUGAAAAGUGUGCAGGCUGGACACUGGCUGGUAUUCCCUGGUGAAGAAUUCGGGUCCUCUGAACGCAGAAUAAAUCUUAAAAUGAUGCAGGCUGGAGGGCAACAUUCACAGGGCCCUACCACCGACUGCAAUCGCAGCCCAGCUUCCUCUCAGCCAUGUUUCAUCCUGCAGUCAAACUGGCCUUGGGCGCUUCUGCUACUAACUUGAGCCAUGCCUGGUGGCUGCACCCAGCCUUCAAGCCCAGCUCCUCCUCCUAAGGUGCCUUUAAUUCUCUCCUGUUUUUCUAUUCUCUUCCAGCACCUAGCCGACUUUCUCCCUGCCCCCUUCAGUGGAGAGGUUGGUCUCAACGCUCCUUACCGUGCAUUGGGGGGUGGGGGCAAGAUGGGGGGUGUUUGUGGAAAAGCAGCCUCUGCUUAAUCUUACUGGGUUCAGUGAUUUUUGGUCAGGGGGUAGAUAUGGCAUCUCUCCGUUCCACAAGCUGGUUUCUUAACACACUCCCUCUAGCUGCCCUGAGUCUCUUUCCAACUUCCUUAGUGCUAACGGAACCAAUUUUUGGGGAAAGGCGAGAGACCUUCUAGCUAGGGGAAGCUUGCACAGCCAGGUGAGCCUGUCUCUUCUCUCGGCAGAGCCCCAACCCUGCCCUCACCUUCUGCGUCAAGACUCACGACCGCCUCUACUACAUGGUGGCCCCAUCGGCCGAGGCCAUGCGCAUUUGGAUGGAUGUCAUUGUGACAGGAGCAGAGGGCUACACGCAGUUCCUGAACUGA